AUGGACAAGCUUUGUUGCAAGAAGGAGAAUGCACAUUUCAACAUCUGUGGAAAUUGCCAAUCUUGCAUCUUCACUUCCAAGCUCCACGAUUCGACCCAGUGGAUGUCGCGCGCAGGGGACGCGCCCAAACGGAGAUUCCUCACUGGCAUUCUCGUGCGGUGCAAAAGUGUCGAGAUUCUCGAAACCAUCCAAAGAGUACUGCAAGUGACAUUUGGGAAAGAUUUCACCUAUACCAGGUCACGACAGAAGCCAAGUGUUCCAGAAGAUAUGACCACUUGGAGCCAGGACCGAGCGCUUGACACCAAACUUCUUGGGAUGGAGAUGGUUGACACUUGGGACUGGUUCAGUCGCAGCCACCACUGGACAAAAUACAACUAUCUUUUAGGAAUUCUUUCCCUCUGCGAAACCGAGCUUCUUCACAUGCUUGGAAACAUGACAAGUGUACUUAUAGUGAGAGCAAAACGGGCCUUCCUCCAAUAUAACGGUACAGGUACUUAAAGUAAAGAUUCACCCAUUUUGAAUGUUAUAUUUGUGUAUCUGUGAGCGAUGUUCUAACGAUUUCCUGAGUCAUUUCAUGUUUUCAUGUGUAUGUGAGCUAUUAUCGUUCAAGCAUGCAGAAAUUCGCCCGAAAUGACGUAGCAUUGGUAUUAAAUCCUUUCUCACUACACUGGAAGUUAAUAGGAAUACGACUUUUAGAUCGAAAAAACGUGUAUCAUACAUGUCAGAUUUCAAUACUGGUCGAUAUCAUAAUGCGAGAGGUUGACUUCUCUCGAAUGAGCCAUUGAUCGUGUUUUUGCGAUAUUGCUACCUCGAGAAAUGUGUAAUUUAACAGAGGGUUUAACACAUUUCUCCAAUUUGUCUGCCUCUUCAGUCCAGGGUGCGUUGCGUGGUGCUAUUGCGAAUAUAAUACUCCACUCUGAGGCACAUCGAUCUGCAGGUUGAACAUGUGGAUAUUGUAGACUCCUAAAUUGAUAGUGCAGUUUGUAGGCGAUUUUACAGCUAACUAGCUACUACACAUGCUGGUAUUGACUUUGGUAUUAUUGUGUAUGUAGCUACGCUAGGUACUAGGUAGCUAGCCAGCCACCCCAUAGAGAGAUUAUUGCAUUGUGCGUUUUGUAGUCGAUUUUUUUUUUAAUGUAACCUUUAUUUAAAUAGGCAAGUCAGUUAAGAACAACAUCUUAUUUACAAUGACGCCCUACCAAAAGGCAAAAGCGCUCCUGCGAGGACGGGGCCUGGGAUUACAAUACAUCACGACGAGACACCACAACACUACAUAAAGAGAGACCUAAGACAACAACAUAGCAUGGCAGCAACACAUGACAACACAGCAUGGUAGCAACACCACAUGACAACAACAUGGUAGCAACACCAACAUGGCAGCAGCACAACAUGGUACAAACAUCAUUGGGCACAGACAACAGCACAAAGGCAAGAAGGUAGAGACAACAAUACUUCACGCGAAGCAGCCACAACUGUCAGUAAGAGUGUCCAUGAUUGAGUCAUUGAAUGAAGAGAUGGAGAUAAAACUGUCCAGUUUGAGUGUUUUUUGCAGCUCGUUCCAGUCGCUAGCUGCAGCGAACUGAAAAGAGGAGCGACCCAGUGAUGUGUGUGCUUUGGGGACCUUUAACGGAUUGUGACUGGCAGAACAGGUGUUGUAUGUGGAGGAUGGGGGCUGCAGUAGGUAUCUCAGAUAGGGGGGAGUGAGGCCUAAGAAGGUUUUAUAAAUAAGCAUUAACCAGUGGGUCUUGCGAUGGGGUAUACAGAGAUGACCAGUUUACAGACUUGAGCUGCAACGAUUUUCACAUGUUGCUACCCAACCUUAUUAUAAAGACAAAAUUAAACAUUUGUUCACAAAAAAUAUUGUUGUCACAUAUUAGUGUUAUGCAACACUGUAAAUUAUAGGAAUGAGUGAUUUUGGGUGGAUUUUUUCUUUAUACUGCUAACACCUGGAAUAUAAUAUAAUAACUUGUAUUUCUUGUAUUACUAUUUUUCUUUUUAUGAUAUGUAUAUAUAUAUAUAUAUAUAUAUUUUUUUUUACUCUGCAUCGUUAGGAAGGGCCAGUAUUCGGCGCAUGUGACAAAUAACAUUUGAUUUAGUGUUAUGACAACUUAUUGACGUCCUCCACUAAGUUCAUUUUCAUUUUAGCAUAUUUGUAGCCUAUAUAAUGAUCACACCUGAAAUGAUAUUCCAUGCAAAAGUAUGAAAGUUAUCUUUAUGAAUUGUAGGCAAAUUUGAAAAACUGGAUGUAUUUUUAACCUAUAAUAAUUGAACCUCUCUUUUCAGUGCUGGAGGAUGAUGAUCCUGAGGAUGACACCUCCUGUAUCCCAGAAUCCACCUACUCUUUCAACUCUCAGGAGGAUCAUCCAGACCUGGAACUCCUCAUCCGGGCCAGCUCAUUCUAUGAGGCUGUCAACAUGCACCAUGAGACUGACAUUGACACCAUCGAUGGAGGCCAGGAGACUUGCCAUGAUCCAGAGCUCUGUGAGUGUUGCUGUUAGAAAUGUUUUUGUGUUUUGUUGCCAUCAGGAAUGAAUGUCAGUAACUGUAGGCCUAUCGAUGGUCAACCUGUAAGGGCAGUGGGGCAGGGGCGGAUUGGCAAUUCUGGCAUAUGCCAGAUGGGCUGGACCAUUUUUUAUUUGGGUGGGCUGGUCGAAAUUCACACAUUGUUUUUAUAUAUACAGUGCAUUCGGAAAGUAUUCAGACCCCUUCCCCUUUUCCACAUUUUGUUAGAUUACAGCCUUAUUCUAAAAUUGAUGAAAUAGUUUUUUUCCCUCAUCAAUCUACACACAAUACCCCAUAAUGACAAAGCAAAAACAGGUAAUUUUUGCAAAUUUAUUAAACAGAAAAAACAGAAAUACCUUAUUUACAUAAGUAUUCAGACCCUUUUCCUAUGAGACUCGAAAUUGAGAUCAGGUGCAUCCUGUUUCCAUUGAUCAUCCUUGAGAUGUUUCUACAACUUGAUUGGAGUCCACCUGUGGUAAAUUCAAUUGAUUGGACAUGAUUUGGAAAGGCACACACCUGUUUAUAUAAGGUCCCACAGUUGACAGUGCACGUCAGAGCAAAAACCAAGCCGUGAGGUCGAAGGAAUUGUCCAUAGAGCUCCGAGACAGGAUUGUAUUGGGGCACAGAUCUGGGGAAGGGCACCAAAAAAUGUCUACCACUUCCUAGAGCUGGCUGUCCGGCCAAACUGAGCAAUCGGGGGAGAAGGGCCAUGGUCAGGGAGGUGACCAAGAACCUGAUGGUCACUCUGACAGAGCUCCAGACUUCCUCUGUGGAGAUGGGAGAACCUUCCAGAAGGACAACCAUCUCUGCAGCACUCCACCAAUCCGGCCUUUAUGGUAGAGUGGCUAGACGGAAGCCCCUCCUCAGUAAAAGGCACACGACAGCUCAUUUGGAGUUUGCCAAAAGGCACCUAAAGGACUCUCAGACCAUGAGAAACAAGAUUCUCUGGUCUGAUGAAACCAAGAUUGAACUCUUUGGCCUGAAUGCAAAGCAUCACGUCUGGAGGAAACCUGGCACCAACCCUACAGUGAAGCAUAGUGGUGGCAGCAUCAUGCUGUGGCGAUGUCUUUCAGCGGCAGGGACUGGGUGACUAGUCAGGGUUGAGGGAAAGAUUAAUGGAGCAAAGUACAGAGAGAUCCUUGAUGAAAACCUGCUCCAGAGCGCUCAGGACCUGACUGGGGCGAAGGUUCACCUUCCAACAGGACAACGACCCUAAACACACAGCCAAGACAACGCAGGAGUGGCUUCGUGACAAGUCUCUGAAUGUCCUUGAGUGGCCCAGCCAGAGCCUGGACUUGAACCCGAUCGAACAUCUCUGGAGAGACCUGAAAAUAGCUGUGCAGCGAUGCUCCCCAUCCAACCUGACAGAGCUUGAGAGGAUCUGCAGAGUAGAAUGGGAGAAACUCCCCAAAUACAGGUGUGCCAAGCUUGUAGCGUCAUACUUAAGAAGACUGGAGGCUGUAAUCGCUGCCAAAGGUACUUCAACAAAUCACUGUGUAAAGGGUCUGAAUACUUAUGUAAAUGUGAUAUUUCAUUAUCAUAAUUGUUAUAAAUAUGCUAAAAUUCUAAAAACCUGUUUUUGCUUUGUCAUUAUGGGGUAUUGUGUGUAGAUUGAUGAGGGAAAAACAACAACUUCAUCCAUUUUAGAAUAAGGCUACAUAACAAAAUGUGGAAAAAGUCAAGUGGUCUGAAUACUUUCCAAAUGCACUAUAUAUACACAGGUGGGUUGGGUCAUUGUCCUGUUGAAAAACAAUGAUAGUCCCACUAAGCGCAAAACAGAUGGGAUGGCGUAUUGCUGCAGAAUGCUGUGGUAGUCAUGCUGGUUAAGUAUGCCUUAAAUUCUAAAUGAAUCACUGACAGUGUCACCAGCAAAGCACCCCCACACCAUCACACCACCUCCUCCAUGCUUCACGGUGGGAACCACACAUGCGGAUAUCAUCCGUUCACCUAGCCUGCAUCUCACAAAGACACGGCAGUUGGAACCAAAAAUCUCAAAAUUUGUACUCAUCAGACCAAAGGACAGAUUUCCACCACUCUAAUGUCCAUUGUUCGUGUUUCUUGGCUUAAGCAAGUCUCUUCUUAUUAUUGGUGUCCUUUAGUAGUGGUUUCUUUGCAGCAAUUCGACCAUGAAGGCCUGAUUCACGCAGUCUCCUCUUAACAGUUGAUGUUGAGAUGUGUCUGUUACUUGAACUCUGUGAAGCAUUUAUUUGGGCUGCAAUCUGAGGUGCAGUUAACUCUAAUGAACUUUUCCUCUGCAGCAGAGGUAACUCUGGGUCUUCCUUUCCUGUGGCGGUCCUCAUGAGAGACAGUUUCAUCAUAGCGCUUGAUGGUUUUGCGACUGCACUUGAAGAAACGUUCAAAGUUCUUGAAAUGUUCCGGAUUGGCUGACGCUCAUGUCUUAAAGUAAUGAUGGACUGUCAUUUCUCUUUGCUUAUUUGAGCUGUUCUUGCCAUGAAAUGGACUUGGUCUUUUGCCAAAUAGGCCUAUCUUCUGUAUACCACCCCUACCUUGUCACAACACAACUGAUUGGCUCAAACGCUUUAAGAAGGAAACAAAUUCCGCAAAUUAGCUUUUAACAUGGCACACCUGUUAAUUGAAAUGCAUUCCAGGUGACUACCUCAUGAAUCUGGUUGAGAGAAUGCCAAGAGUGUGCAAAGCUGUCAUCAAGGCAAAGUGUGGCUACUUUGAAGAAUCUCUAUAUUUUGAUUUGUUUAACACUUUUUUGGUUACUACAGUGGGGAAAAAAGUAUUUAGUCAGCCACCAAUUGUGCAAGUUCCCCCACUUAAAAAGAUAAGAGAGGCCUGUAAUUUUCAUCAUAGGUACACGUCAACUAUGACAGACAAAAUGAGAAAAACUAUUCCAGAAAAUCACAUUAUAGGAUUUGUAAUGAAUUUAUUUGCAAAUUAUGGUGGAAAAUAAGUAUUUGGUCAAUAACAAAAGUUUCUCAAUACUUUGUUAUAUACCCUUUGUUGGCAAUGACACAGGUCAAACGUUUUCUGUAAGUCUUCACAAGGUUUUCACACACUGUUGCUGGUAUUUAGGCCAUUCCUCCAUGCAGAUCUCCUCUAGAGCAGUGAUGUUUUGGGGCUGUCGCUGGGCAACACGGACUUUCAACUCCCUCCAAAGAUUUUCUAUGGGGUUGAGAUCUGGAGACUGGCUAGGCCACUCCAGGACCUUGAAAUGCUUCUUACGAAGCCACUCCUUCGUUGCCUGGGCGGUGUGUUUGGGAUCAUUGUCAUGCUGAAAUACCCAGCCACGUUUAAUCUUCAAUGCCCUUGCUGAUGGAAGGAGGUUUUCACUCAAAAUCUCAUGAUACAUGGCCCCAUUCAUUCUUUCCUUUACACGGAUCAGUCGUCCUGGUCCCUUUGCAGAAAAACAGCCCCAAAGCAUGAUGUUUCCACCCCCAUGCUUCACAGUAGGUAUGGUGUUCUUUGGAUGCAACUCAGCAUUCUUUGUCCUCCAAACACGACGAGUUGAGUUUUUACCAAAAAGUUCUAUUUUGGUUUCAUCUGACCAUAUGACAUUCUCCCAAUCCUCUUCUGGAUCAUCCAAAUGCACUCUAGCAAACUUCAGACGGGCCUGGACAUGUACUGGCUUAAGCAGGGGGACACGUCUGGCACUGCAGGAUUUGAGUCCCUGGCGGCGUAGUGUGUUACUGAUGGUAGGCUUUGUUACUUUGGUCCCAGCUCUCUGCAGGUCAUUCACUAGGUCCCCCCGUGUGGUUCUGGGAUUUUUGCUCACCGUUCUUGUGAUCAUUUUGACCCCACGGGUGAGAUCUUGCGUGGAGCCCCAGAUCAAGGGAGAUUAUCAGUGGUCUUGUAUGUCUUCCAUUUCCUAAUAAUUGCUCCCACAGUUGAUUUCUUCAAACCAAGCUGCUUACCUAUUGCAGAUUUAGUCUUCCCAGCCUGGUGCAGGUCUACAAUUUUGUUUCUGGUGUCCUUUGACAGCUCUUUGGUCUUGGCCAUAGUGGAGUUUGGAGUGUGACUGUUUGAGGUUGUGGACAGGUGUCUUUUAUAAUGAUAACAAGUUCAAACAGGUGCCAUUAAUACAGGUAACGAGUGGAGGACAGAGGAGCCUCUUAAAGAAGAAGUUACAGGUCUGUGAGAGCCAGAAAUCUUGCUUGUUUGUAGGUGACCAAAUACUUAUUUUCCACCAUAAUUUGCAAAUAAAUUCAUUAGAAAUCCUACAAUGUGAUUUUCUGGAUUUUUUUUUCUAAAUUUGUCUGUCAUAGUUGACGUGUACCUAUGAUGAAAAUUACAGGCCUCUCUCAUCUUUUUAAGUGGGAGAACUUGCACAAUUGGUGGCUGACUAAACACUUUUUUCCUCCACUGUACAUGAUUCCAUAUGUUUUUAUUUCAUAGUUUUGAUGUCUUCAUUAGUAUUCUACAAUGUAGAAAAUAGUAAAAAUAAAGACAAACACUUGAAUGAGUAGGUGUGUCCAAACUUUUGACUGGUACUGUAUAUAAAAAUGAAACAUUUAAACCGGUGACAUGGCCAGAUGUUUGCUCAAUUAAUUUUUUCUACUAAUCUAUAAUGUGCCUUUGGCUUAUCAGUGGGCAACGGCUGGCCCUCUACUAAGAAUGAACGGCCUGGUCUUCUUAUAGGCUGAGCUGAGGUCACACAAACUCACAUUCAAAGUCAAACGCGGCAUCAGCAAAGAGACCUGCUCCGACUCUGUCAUCAGUUAGAGAGCCAAGAUCAUGGAUCUUAAAAAUUGAAAGGGUGCCCAUAAAUGUAGAAAUAACUCAUUCUACAUUGUUACCUCGCUCAAAAUGUCCUAUUCUUUGGGCGGCUAAAACCAAGAUUUGAUCAAACAGUAAAGUGCAUUAUAACCUCAUGAUUCCCGUAAUGGAAGUGUCUGCCCAGCCCCUGUGCCUGUGCCCUUGCUGGGGCCUGCUGCUGUGAUGAGCGAGUCAUUCUUGUCUAGGGAUGGGCAUUAGUAAUCGAAUACUUGAGUACUCUAACUGAUGUCAAAUCUAGAUCUUUAACAAGAGAUAAAAAACAUUAAAAUACUGUAAAACUAUUUGGUUGAAAUUUAGUCUUGAAGGCAAUGUUAAUUUGCUUUGUUCCAUUUACACGUGCAUUUACGGGACACAACAAAAAAUUAACCAAGCCAAGCAUCACACAGUUCUGCUCCCCAAAUCCCCCUCCGUGUCUCACUCACUCAAUUGUGUUCCGACCGUUGCCUCUACACACGCGUGCUGUGUGCGCCUCCAGAAAUAAAUGCCUAUAAAAAUGUAUCUAACUGAUGGGAUAUACAAGCUGAAGCUACAUUCAUUGCCAAAUGAUGACAGUUUUAUCACAGAUUCUAAAUGCACUGGUUGACUGAAGUAGGGAAAUAUGUGUUCCAACUAGGGCUGUGGCGGUCACGAAAUUUCGUCAGCCGGUGAUUGUCAAGCAAAUAACUGUUGGUCUCACGGUAAUUGACCGUUAAUUAACAUAAACACAUUUAGCAUCUCCUGGCUUCCACACAUGGCCUACAAGCCACUGAUGCAGACCUUUGGAACAUCUACAUUUAAAAAAGUCUAAUAAAAACAUGUAAUAUAGCCUACACCUUCACAAUAAAUACAUUAUUUAUUUUAGACAGGUCUUAAGAAGCAUGAUAUGAAGAAAAUUAACUCCUGAGUGGCGCAGUGGUCUAAGGCACUGCAUCGCAGUGCUAACUGUGCCACUAGAGAUCCUGGUUCGAAUCCAGGCUCUGUCGCAGCCGGCCGCGACCGGGAGACUCAUGGGAGGCGCACAAUUGGCCCAGCGUCGUCCAGGGUAGGGGAGGGAAUGGCCGGCAGGGAUGUAGCUCAGUUGAUAGAGCAUGGCGUUUGCAACGCCAGGGUUGUGGGUUCAAUUCCCACAGGGGGCCAGUAUAAAAAAAAUAUGUCUUCACUAACUGUAAGUCGCUCUGGAUAAGAGCGUCUGCUAAAUGACUAAAAUGUAGUCUAUUUCAGAAGAACAGAAUAGCAUACUCUGAGUUGUCCUUAUGUUAGGUCCUGAUCUGGCUAUGCCAAAUGGCUGUUGGCUACACUAGUUCAUUUAGCAGACAAGAUUUGGUUAGAAUUCCAUGGCAUUAUUUUAUAUUAUUUUAUAGUAUGAAGAAUACAAUUGAACAAAGCUGAAUAAACUAUAAAUAUUUUCUCCAAAUUAUUUUUAAGGGAGUGCGCACAUGCGGCUAUUUUGUGUUGAGCGGUUAACAAAGAAAUAGGUACUCCUAUAUGCUUAAUUUGGAGAUAUUAAUGUAACUUCAGUUGUUCUACAAACGUUGGGCUAUAUGUUUUGAUUUUUAAAACAUUGUAAGGCUGCAUGAUGCGACUCUAAUGAUGAUUUGAAAAAAGUUGCUUGAAAGGCAUGAGCUGCUUUGUUUUUUGCGCAGGCAGUACACUCUUCAUUAGUCUCUCAUUCACAAUUUGACAAGCACUUGACAAUGCCUCGAAUUUCACGGUGGCAUCCCCUUUGUGGCCGUAAUGCACCCUAAAGAAAUCCAUGCCUUUUGCGGCCAGUGGCCGUUGUGCCCUUGGCCCGGAGUGCUGUGUUGUGUCCUUCUCCCUGAGUGCUGCACGCUCCUAAGCACCUCUCACUCACAUGGCACUCCAUCACGUGAUCAGGUCUUUCUCACAGGCUACAAGUGAAGACCGACACAUUGGGGACGCAACUGCACGCGUCCUUAUCCAAUGCCGAGGUGCAUAUUAAAGAUAUUGGAAGAACUGUCCACAUUUACUUUUCGUCAGCCAUCAAGAUGAUUAGGCCUAACGAACAGCAAAAGCACUAGCCUAUGUCAAUCUACUAUCCCCCAUAAUACAAAAGUCGACCUAUUCUAUUCUGUGCAAGAAAUAAAUAUUCCAAACAUAGUCUGGGACAGUUGUGGGAUGCAAUAGAUCCCACAAAAAAUUUUACGCAAUGUGGCUGACGCAACAGAUCAGAACAUUUAGCUUAAAAUGUUGAUAAACAAUUAGGCUAUUUCUUCACAUUAUAAGCGCAGUAAUGCGCACAUGGCAGUAGGCUAUAAGCUUGAAUGUUCCAUUAGCGAGAAAUCACCAUUAUCAAACGUUACCGCAAAUGUGAUUAUGCAUGUAAUGCUUUUAUUAUAAAGGUGUAUUUUUAUGGUGAAAAUUAUCUUCCCUGAACUUGAAACUCACACGCUGCUUAUGUAUGCCUGUUAGGCUCUGAACGCCUUGUAAAGCGGAUUAAUUUGCUUAAUUUUAAGAAGUUAUUUGGCCACUUUAGUUGUGAUACAAACCUUAUCAAAACAUGCAGGCUUAUGGGCUAGGCUACAUGAGGUGUGCAACUAUGAUAAAAAAAAGGCAGUUUCUUAUGCUGGGCAUCAUUCACAAGUAAUGAUAGGCUAAUAUUGUCACCCAUCAGACUGUUUUUGUUUUAAUCUUGUCUUUACAUAUACAAAAUAAUAUAUGUGUGAAAUUUGUUUUGAUUUAGAAUGGACCAUUAUCAUGCACCUGUCUCGAAACUGGGGCAGCCGGAAAAAAUAUAUGUUAUCUAUGCACUUAAAUAGCGAAUGGAGGACGCUUUUCCCGUGGUUCAUUUUCAUGCCAGCCAGGUAGGCUAUACUCCUGUGGUAAAGAUAAACAAUGUGCUUAAUAUUAGGAAAGUUGAGAAAUAAAUAUAGUAGGCCUAGCCUAUAUAAAGCUGAUGGGAUCCUCCUCUUUUUAGUAGAGGCCAUCACUUUGUUUUCUUGCGCAAUUGCAUAACCUAUAGAAAUGCUGUGAAUAAACGGUCACGUGGAAUUUGACUGCCUUCAUGACUCGUGACCGCUGGUGUGGCAGUAAUACGGUCACCGCAACAGCCCUACACUCUAAAAAUAAAAGGUCCCUGGAGUAUCCUUUAGGGGUUCUUCAAAUUCAAACUGUGGGGGAACCCCUAUAAGUUAGUUCUUCAAAGAACCCCUUUAAAUGGAUCCUCAAAGAACCUUUUGGGUGAAUUUUUUAAGUGCCCCCCCCCCCACUAUUAUUAUAAUAAAUAAUAUUAUUAUUAUUAAUAAUAAUAAUACGCAUAACAAUAAUAACAAUAACACCAUAUUUUAGUUCUCAGUGUUUAUAAUGAUUUUUGUGGCAAAGCAGAAUUAAAAAUCCAAAUAUGAGGUAAACUCCCAGCAGAGCCCCAAGUCCAAUGGGUAUAUCCUUUGGUGUGUUGAUGUUAAUGUGUUGAUGUUCUCUGUAUACAUAGCCAGAAUGAUUUUGCAGUGCAUGGUGAUUGAACAGGUUUCCUGUUCUAUUCAUCAGAGGUGUAGGGAGAGUGAAGUCUGUGAAUCCCCAAAAUUGUAAUUAUACAGAUGAUUAACAAAACAUGCACAUGACAGAAUUCAUAUCUUGGUUUUUGUGGUGAAAAAACGGUUUUGAUAAUGGUUUUCAUACACAUACCUUGUCCAUAAUGUAGAGGCCUAUGGGAUAUUCAUUGAAGAGGUAAGGGAGGAGGAUGAUAAAUGUGAUCAGCAUAACAUAUCAAUACCAAUUGACAUACAGUGGCUUGCGAAAAUAUUCACCCCCCUUGGCAUUUUUCCUAUUUUGUUGCCUUACAACCUGGAAUUAAAAUUGAUUUUUUGGGGGUUUGUAUCAUUUGAUUUACACAACAUGCCUACCACUUCGAAGAUGCAAAAUUGUGAAACAAACAAAAAAUAAGACAAAAAAACAGAAAACUUGAGCGUGCAUAACUCUUCACCCCCCCCCCCCCCCCCAAAGUCAAUACUUUGUUGAGCCACCAUUUGCAGCAUUUACAGCUGCAAGUCUCUUGGGAUAUGUCUCUAUAAGCUUGGCACAUCUAGCUACUGGGAUUUUUGGCCAUUCUUCAAGGCAAAACUGCUCCAGCUCCUUCAAGUUGGAUGGGUUCCACUGGUGUACAGCAAUCUUUAAGUCAUACCACAGAUUUUCAAUUGGAUUGAGGUCUGGGCUUUGACUAGGCCAUUCCAAGACAUUUAAAUGUUUCCCCUUAAACCACUUGAGUGUUGCUUUAGCAGUAUGCUUAGGGUCAUUGUCCUGCUGGAAGGUGAACCUCCGUCCCAGUCUCAAAUCUCUGGAAGACUGAAACAGGUUUCCCUCAAGAAUUUCCCUGUAUUUAGCGCCAUCCAUCAUUCCUUCAAUUCUGACCAGUUUUCCAGUCCCUGCCAAUGAAAAACAUCCCCACGGCAUGAUGCUGCCACCACCAUGCUUCACUGUGGGGAAGGUGUUCUCGAGGUGAUGAGAGGUGUUGGGUUUGCACCAGGCAUAUAUUUUUCCUUAUGUUAUAAUGAGUUUCUCUGGUAUCAAGGAAUUCAAUAUGCAAGAAGAUAUUUAACACUUAGAUGGAGAGUUGAUACAUGUAUUUAAUAUUACGGUACCGGAUUCACAUAACAAACGACACGUGAGUUGCCCAUUGCUAUCUGAAUGAUAGGCAUACAAGAUGUCUCAGCUUAUAUACUGCUUUGCAAGCUAAUUCUAUCCAACAUUUGCCAACCAUUAUUGGGUGUCACUCCCAACAACAAUAGUAUCACCCUAGAUGGUAUCAUCUUGCACACUAGUCAGGACAUUCCAUCACAUACUCAUUCUAAAAGUAACAUCAGUGGCCACCCAGUCUUCCUUGGCACGCAUACCUUCUGACACCCACCAGUGACAGAAAUAAAUGGAAUGUCCUCAUCCUCAAAAUCCUAUGUAACCCGCAAUAUCAAACACAGAUGGUGAUAUGACUGUACUCAUAUCCUUCCAUAUCCUUGUCUGUACAUAAUGCCCUGAAUCUAUUCUACAAUGCCCGGAAAUCUGCCCCCUUUUAUUCUCUGUACCCAACGCAGUAGAAGACCAGUUCUUAAAGCCUUUAGCCGUAUCCUUAUUCUACUCCUCCUCUGUUCCUCUGGUGAUGUAGAGGUUAACCCAGGCCCUGUAGCCCCCAGUAUCACUCCUACUCCCCAGGCGCUAUCAUUUGUUGACUUCUGUAACCGUAAAAGCCUUGGUUUCUUGCAUGUUAACAUCAAAAGCCUCCUCCCUAAGUUUGAGUUAUUCACUGCGUUAGCAACACUCCGCCAACCCUGAUGUGCUAGCAGUGUCUAAAUCCUGGCUUAGGAAGGCCACCAAAAACUCUGAAAUUUCCAACUACAAAAUUUUCCAUCUAGAUAGAACUGCCAAAGGGAGCGGAGUUGCAAUCUACUGUAGAGAUAGCCUGCAGAGCUCUAUCAUACAUUUGACAUUUUAGUCAUUUAGCAGACGCUCUUAUCCAGAGCGACUUACAGUUAGUGAGUGCAUACAUUUUUCAUACUGGCCCCCCGUGGGAAUCGAACCCACAACCCUGGCGUUGCAAGCGCCAUGCUCUACCAAUUGAGCUACAGGAGGCCUAUCCAGGUCUGUGCCCAAACAGUUUGAGCUUCUACUUCUAAAAAGCCACCUUUCCAGAAAUAAGUCUCUCACUGUUGCCGCUUGCUACAGACACCCCUCAGCCCCCAGCUGUGCCCUGGACACCAUAUGCGAAUUGAUUGCCCCCCAUCUAUCCUCAGAGUUCGUACUGCUUGGUGACCUAAACUGGGAUAUGCUUAACACCCCGGCCGUCCUACAAUCUAAACUAGAUGCCCUCAAUCUCACACAAAUUAUCAAGGAACCUACCAGGUACAACCCUAAAUCUGUACAAAUGGGCACCAUCAUAGAUAUCAUCCUGACUAAUUUACCCUCUAAAUACACCUUCAACCAGGUUCUCAGCGAUCACUGCCUUAUUGCCUGCGUCCGUAACGGGUCCGCGGUCAAACAACCAACCCUCAUCACUGUCAAACGCUCCCUAAAACACUUCAGCGAGCAGGCCUUUCUAAUUGACCUGGCCUGGGUAUCCUGGAUGGAUAUUGACCUCAUUCCGUCAGUAGAGGAUGCCUGGUUGUUCUUUAAAAGUGCUUUCCUCUCCAUCUUAAAUAAGCAUGCCCCAUUCAAAAAAUUCGGAACUAAGAACAGAUAUAGCCCCUGGUUCACCCCAGACUUGACUGCCCUUGACCAGCACUAAAAGAUCCUGUGGCGUACUGCAUUAGCAUCGAACAGCCCCCGCGAUAUGCAACUUUUCAAGGAAGUCAGGAACAAAUAUACACAAUCAGUUUGGAAAGCAAAGGCUAGCUUUUUCUAACAGAAAUGUGCAUCCUGUAGCACUAACUCCAAAAAGUUUUAGGACACUGUAAAGUCCAUGAAGAAUAAGAGCACCUCCUCCCAGCUGUCCACUGCACUGAGGCUAGGAAACACUGUCACCACCGAUAAAUCUACGAUAAUUGAGAAUGUCAAUAAGCAUUUUGUUACGGCUGGCCAUACUUUCCACCUGGCUACCCCUACCCCGGCCACCAGCUCUGCACCCUCCACUGCAACUUGCCCAUAUAUCCAGGAUGGAUAUAGGUCUGUAUCAUCUGAGAUCCCCAGAGAUUGGAAAGCUGCCGCGGUCAUCCCCCUCUUCAAAGGGGGUGACACUCUAGAUCCAAACUGUUACAGACCUAUAUCCAUCCUGCCCUGCCUUUCGAAAGUAUUUGAAAGCCAAGUUAACUUGUCUGUCGGCCUUGCAUUAAAGAACGUAAUUGGUUAAGGAAAACUGUGAUAAAUAAAAAAGUAUAUCAGUUUCACUUAAGGACCAAAGGAUUGACAGCCGUCCCAUAUAGAUUGCAAAAUAGUUGGGAAGAGAUCUUUGACGUACCGAUCCCAUGGCAUAGUGUUUAUGAACUGACACGCAAAACGACACCGGAUUCAAAAAUUAGAAUCUUUCAAUUUAAAUUAUUAUAUAAAAUUCUUGCUACCAAUAGAAUGUUAUUUAUAUGGGGGAUACAAUCUUCCCAGCUCUACAGAUUUUGCUGUGAAGAGACAGAAUCAUUAGAUCAUUUGUUUUGGUUCUGUCCAUUUGUAGCUUGUUUUUGGACACAGGUCCAGGAAUGGCUAAAGGAUUGCAAUAUUUACCUGGAACUAACCUUGCAGAUAGCAUUACUGGGUGAUCUGAAAAGUCAUAGUCAAUCAAUCAAUAAUAUAAUAAUACUUUUAGCAAAAAUGUUUAUUUUUAAUUCACAAUCUGUAGAAGCAAUGAGAAUAGAAAGGUUCAGAACUUUUGUAAAACAUCACAGUACGCUUGAAAUAUAUAUGGCAAAUAGAAAUCCUAUAUGGAUGGUGUUAAGAGAUAGAUGGGAGGUAUUGAAUAGAGUUGAAGGAUGGGACUAAUAACAAAUAACAACAAAUAAUAACAAAGAUAGCUACUAAUGUAAGCAUACUGUGUCCAUAAUAAGUAUAUAGGUUGUAUGUUGGGAGCUUUUGGGAAAGAGCACAGUUAGAAAGAUAUGGCAUAUAGAAGCAAACCGGAUGGACAUCAUGAAAAUGAUCGGAGAGGUUGAGAGUAGAAGAAGUUCAGGAGCAAAAAAAAAAAUAUAUAAUAGAAUUAUUGUAAAAUUAACUCUGUCCAUAAGGUGUAGAUAGUAAGUAUAGACCGGAAGUAGAGGCCUGGGCAUUGUGGGGUUGAAAAGUAAUAAAGAGGAGUAUAUAUAUAAAAAAAAAAAAAAAAAAAAAAAAAAACAUGGGGGAUUGGAAGUGAUGCAGACAAUUACAUUGAUAGAAGAUACAAUCUAUCUGCAAUAUUAAGCUGAUCCAUUCCCCCCCCCCCCCAAAAAAAAAAAAAAAAAAAAAGUUUACAAACAGAUCACUGUCCAUUUAGAAUCCCACCGUACCUUCUCCGCUAUGCAAUAUGGUUUCCGAGCUGGUCAUGGGUGCACAUCAGACACGCUCAAGGUCCUAAACGAUAUUAUAACCUUGAUCGAUAAAAGACAGUACUGUGCAGCCGUCUUCAUCGACCUGGCUUCAUCGACCACCGCAUUCUUAUUGGCAGACUAAAUAGCCUUGGUUUCUCAAAUGACUGCCUCGCCUGGUUCACCAAGUACUUCUCAGAUAGAGUGCAAUGUGUCAAAUCAGAGGGCCUGUUGUCUGGACCUCUGGCAGUCUAUAUGGGGGUGCCACAGGGUUAAAUUCUCGGGCCAACUAUUCUCUGUGUAUAUCAAUGAUGUCGCUCUUGCUGCUGGUGACUCUCAGAUCCACCUCUACACAGACAACACCAUUUUGUAUACAUCUGGCCCUUCAUUGGACACUGUUAACAAACCUCCAAACGAGCUUCAAUGCCAUACAACACUCCUUCCGUAGCCUCCAACUGCUCUUAAACGCUAGUAAAACUAAAUGCAUGCUCUUCAAUCGAACGUUCUUCAAUCGAACGCCCGACUAGAAUCACUACUCUCGGCGGGUCUGAAUUAGAACUACAAAUACCUAGGUGUCUGGUUAGACCGUAAACUCUCCUUCCAGACUCACAUUAAGCAUCUCCAAUCCAAAGUUAAAUCUAGAAUCGGCUUCCUAUUUCAAUAACAAAGCCUCCUUCACUCAUGCUGCCAAACAUGCCCUCGUAAAACGCACUAUCCUACCGAUCCUUGGCUUCGGCGAUGUCAUUUACAAAAUAGCCUCCAACACUCUACUCAGCAAAUUGGAUGUAGUCUAUCACAGUGCAAUCUGUUUUGUCACCAAAGCCCCAUAUACUACCCACCAUUGUGACCUGUACGCUCUCGUUGGAUGGCCCUCACUACAUAUUCGUCGCCAAUCCCACUGGCUCCAGGUCAUCUAUAAAUCUCUGCUAGGCAAAUCCCUGCCUUAUCUUAGCUCAUUGGUCACCAUAGCAACACCCACCCGUAGUAUGCUCUCCGGCAGGUAUAUCUCACUGGUCAUCCCCAAAGCCAACACCUCCUUUGGCUGCCAUUCCUUCCAGUUCUCUGCUGCUAAUGACUGGAACGAACUGCAACAAUCUCUGAAGCUGGAGAGUCUUAUCUCCCUCACAAACUUUAAGCAUCAGUUGUCAGAGCAGCUUACCCAUCACUGCACCUGUACACGGCCCAUCUGUAAUUAGCCCACCCAACUACCUCAUCCCCAUAUUGUUAUUUAUUUUGCUCAUUUGCACCCCAGUAUCUCUAUUGGCACAUCAUCUUCUGCACAUCUAUCACUCCAGUGUUAAUACUAAAUUGUAAUUAUUUUGCACUAUGGCCUAUUUAUUGCCUUACCUCCAUAACUUACUACAUUUGCACACACUGUAUAUAGAUUUUCUAUUGUGUUAUUGACUAUAUGUUUUGUUUAUCCCAACUCUGUGUUGUUGUUGUUUUUAUCGCACUGCUUUGCUUUAUCUUGGCCAGGUCGCAGUUGUAAAUGAGAACUUGUUCUCAACUGGCCUACCUGGUUAAAUAAAGGUGAAAAACACGUCAUAUCACCUUGAUGGCCAAAAAGCCCAAUCUCCGCUGUGGAGCUUUGCAGCUCCUUUGGGGUUAUCUUUGGUCUUUGUUGCCUCUGAUUAAUGCCCUCCUUGCCUUGUCUGUGAGUUUUGGUGGGCGGCCCUCUCUUGGCAGGUUUGUUAUGGUGCCAUAUUCGUGCUCCGUGGGAUGUUCAAAGUUUCGUAUAUUUUUUUAUAACCCAACCCUGAUCUGUAUUUUCCACAACUUUGUCCCUGACCUGUUUUGAGAGCUUGGUCUUCAUGGUGCCACUUACUUGGUGGUGCCCCUCGCUUAGUGGUGUUGCAGUCUCUGGGGCCUUUCAGAACAGGUGUGUAUAUAUAAUGAGAUCAUGUGACAGAUCAUGUGACACUUAGAUUGCACACAGGUGGACUUUAUUUAACUAAUUAUGUGACUUCUGAAGGUAAUUGGUUGCACCAGAUCUUAUUUAGGGGCUUCAUAGCAAAGAGGGUGAAUACAUAUGCAUGCACCACUUUUCCGUUAUUAAUUUUGUAUCAUUCUUUGAAACAAGUAAUUUUUUUCAUUUCACUUCACCAAUUUGGACUAUUUUGUGUAUGUCCGUUACAUGAAAUCCAAAUAAAAAUCAAUUUAAAUGACAGGUUGUAAUGCAACAAAAUAGGAAAAACGCCAAGGGGGAUGAAUACUUUUGCAAGGCACUGUACCAGCAGACACAGACACAAAAGUGAGCAGUUCAGUCAUCUGCAUCCAAUACAGCUAGCCUUCAACAUAAUCUUAAAGCCUACAUAUUCUUACCUCUUUGUUGAUUGAUAUCCAUUGAAUUGUUUCCAUUUUCUGUUUUAGAAAGAUUUGCACAAAUAUAAAAAGAUAGAUGGUAUCAUCAUAAAACAAUAUCAAUUUAGAUCAUACAAGGGACAACCCUUACCUUAAAUUGAGGAGAUCUUUACAUUUUUCAGUUAAGUGCCUGCACCUGCUGUCCUUUCAAAUCCAAAUGUUUCAAUUGGGCAGUUAGGUUCCUGCAAGAACCCCCACCAACUAAGGAGGUUCCUCUAUGAAUUAUUUUUUGAGUAUAGUUCCAACAAUUCAUUUUGGAAUAAUUGCGUCAUUUUCUGCUUAGGCUACUUUGCUGUUGUCACUAGUUACCACAACCGCAAAGUCAAAAUUGGCUGUAUCGUAAAAAUUAAUGAAAAGAAGAAUUUGCUUUUUGGUCUUAAUUUAAGGUUAGGCAUUAGGUUAAUAGUGUGUAGAUUUUAAGAAGUGAAAUUGUAGAAACAGUCAGGGUUUAUGACUUUGUGGAUGUGGUAACUAACGUUAGUGACGACCCCACUUUGCAAACUGCUAGUGGCAUUUAGAAUUGGUUAGCCUAGGCUAUUACCCCCCUAAACAUAGACAGGUUCCACACUGAAAAUAUGCAAAAACAUUAGUUUGAUAAAGACAAAGAGCAGAUUUUCAUCAGACUCAUUAAGCCUAGGCCUACUGUCGUGGUCAUUCUAAUCAGUAAUGAGGAGAGACAAGGUCAAUCACCAAUCAGGAUAUUACUUUAUUCAAAACGUAUUAACAAGGUAGUAAGUGAGGCUGGUCGACCCAACACUCUUGAGUGUUGGGCGGAGAUCUCUGACAUACAGACAAUACAAAUAUAUUUUAUAGCACGAUACCCCCUCUCACUCUAGAUGAAAAACAGCAGAUGUGUGGAAUGAGUCAAAAGGUUAGGAUUUGAAUGAAAUAAAUGAAUAAUUCACAGCAGACAGUAUCUGCUAUGAAGACUGUUCUCAUUGUAUGGAAACCAGGGUUUGGCCCCCAAGACAAGGUUCUUAUCAACUAUUCAUAACAGAUCUCGUCCCUGGUAACUUACAGACACCAAUUCAGUCUAUGAAAAUGCAGGCAUUCAUAAAUCAAUUGUCAGCUCCAGAUACCCCUAUCUCCAGUAAAACCCAUGUCCUUGACCACACACCUAGAUUAGCUGCAGGGGGCUGGAGUAGAAACCAUCCCUUUACAAAAACAGUAAGAAAUGUCUUACUAUUAAUAUUAAACAAAGCAGGUAAACAUGUUACAUGUUAAUUUUUCUCUCACACUACUCAUCAAACAGAUGUCCUGGCCAUAAUUCAUCCCCAUGCAGUGUUCAAUGUAGAAUUGUUAAUCCAUUUCAAAUGCUCACUCUUUGAGAAUAACUGUUCCAGAUGCAAGAUGCAAAUCACUUCACACUAUUCUGUUCUAUUUUAUUCUGUUAUAUUACAUCAUGUUUUUUACUAUAAAAUAGGUGUCUUGACUGUGAUAAGGGCUCGGGAAAUUAGCGUGUCUUGUCUGCUAAAUUAACAAAACAAGGCUAUGCCAUUGCAUAGCCAUAGGCUUCUACAAGCAAGCGCCACACUGCUGAGGUUACUACCUUUUUGAAGAUUGUGUUCCACGAUAUAAUAUAACCAGUUGAUAUUACAGUUUCAAUAAAUGCAUCUUAAAUGGCACUUGUUUUUUUUAUUGAGUGAAUAUACAGUACCAGUCAAACGUUUGGACACACCUACUCAUUCAAGGGUUUUUCUUUAUUUUUACUAAUUUAUUUUCUACGUUGUAGAAUAAUAGUGAAGACAUCAAAACUAUAAAAUAACACAUGGAGUAAUGUAGUAACCAAAAAAGUGUUAAACAAAUCAAAAUAUAUUUUAUAUUUGAGAUUCUUCAAAUAGCCACCCUUUGCCUUGAUGACAGCUUUGCACACUCUUGGCAUUCUCUCAACCAGCUUCACCUGGAAUGCUUUCCAACAGUCUUGAAGGAGUUCCCACAUAUGCUGAGCACUUGUUGGCUGCUUUUCCUUCACUCUGCCGUCCGACUCAUCCCAAACCAUCUCAAUAGGGUUGAGGUUGGGGGAUUGUGGAGGCCAGGUCAUCUGAUGCAGCACUCCAUCCCUCUCCUUCUUGGUAAAAUAGCCCUUACACAGCCUGGAGGUGUGUUGGGUCAUUGUCCUGUUGAAAAACAAAUGAUAGUCCCAUUAAGCCCAAACCAGAUGGGAUGGCGAAUUGCUGCAGAAUGCUGUGGUAGCCAUGCUGGUUAAGUGUGCCUUGAAUUCUAAAUAUAUCACAGACAGUGUCACCAGCAAAGCACCCCCACAUCAUCACACCUCCUCCUCCAUGCUUCACGGUGGGAACCACACAUGCGGAUAUCAUCCGUUCAUCUACACCGCGUCUCACAAAGACACGGUGGUUGGAACCAAAAAUCUUCGGUCUAAUGUCCAUUGCUUGUGUUACUUGGCCCAAGCAGGUCUCUUCUUAUUAUUGGUGUCCUUUAGUAGUGGUUUCUUUGCAGGAAUUCUACCAUGAAGGCCUGAUUCAAACAGUCCCCUCUGAACCGUUGAUGUUGAGAUGUGUCUGUGACUUGAACUCUAUGAAGUAUUUAUUUGGGCUGCAAUUUCUGAGGCUGGUAACUCUAAUGAACUUAUCCUCUGCAGCAGAGGUAAGUCUGGGUCUUCCAUUCCUGUGGCGGUCCUCAUGAGAGCCUACAAUGUAAAAAAUAGUAAAAAUAAAGAAAAACCCUUGAAUGAGUAGGUGUGUCCAAACUUUUGACUGGUAGUGUAUAUGAGGCAAUUUAGCAAUUAGGAUUAAUUAUCUCUAUUGAGUAUGAUAAAUUAGGUAUUGUUACUCACUAUCAGCAUAUAGAUGAAUGCACACAUAUUUGUAUUAUAAAAAUUGCUUCUUUUUUUUUGAGUACUCGAGAGAAAACAAUUAUGCAAAUACUCAAACAGUAAAAAAAGUCAAAUGCCCAUCCCUACUCUCCUCUCCCCCCAUAGUCAAUAGAAUGGUGCCGAAGAAGAUGGCAGCCGUUUUACAGCCCUCUAACCAAUUGUACUUUUAUGUGUGUUUUUUCGCGUAAUUUGUCAUUUAUUCUGUACAUAAUGUUUCUGCCUCUGUCUCUUAUGACCAAAAAGAGCUUCUGGAUAUCAGGACAGCGAUUAUUCACCUCGUUUUCGACGAAUAUUUUUUUUUCAACGAGUCGCACGCAAAGGAUAUUCUAUAGACACACGACAAGGCCCAAAUCCCGGUUAUUCGCAUGAGAAAGAGACGGAGAUAUUGUGGACGUAGGUCGGGGUGCCUUGUAAGGAUCCGACGGCGAGCGAGUAAACUGCCUCUUCCAUCAAUCCUAUUAAUGUUCAAUCAUUUGAAAAUAAAUUAGACAACCUAAGAUUACGGUUAUCCUACCAACGGGACAUUAAAAACUGUAAUAUCUUAUGUUUUACUGAGUCGUGGCUGAAUGACGACAUGGAUAACAUACAGCUGGCGGGAUAUACGCUACAUCGGCAGGAUAGAACGGCUGACUCCGGUAAGACAAGGGGUGGCGGUCUGUGUAUAUUUGUAAACAACAGCUGGUGCAUAAAAUCUAAUACUAAGGAAGUCUCGAGGUUUUGCUUGCCUGAGGUAGAGUAUCUCAUGAUAAGCUGUAGACCACACUAUUUACCAAGAGCGUUUUCAUCUAUAUUUUUCGUAGCUGUCUAUUUACCACCACAAACCGAUGCAGGCACUAAGAUUGCACUCAAUGAGCUAUAUAAAGGCCAUGAGUUAACAGGAAAACGCUCAUCCAGAGGCAGCGCUCCUAGUGGCCAGUGACUUUAAUGCAGGGAAACUUAAAUCCGUUCUACCUAAUUUCUACCAGCAUGUUAAAUGUGCUACCAGAGGGAAAAAACUCUAGACCACCUUUACUCCACACACAGAGACGCGUACAAAGCUCUCCCUCGCCCUCCAUUUGGCAAAUCUAACCAUAACUCUAUCCUCCUGAUUCCUGCUUAUAAGCAAAAACUAAAGCAGGAAGCGCCAGUGACUCGGUAAAUAAGGAAGUGGUCAGAUGACGCAGAUGCUAAGCUACAGGACUGUUUUGCUAGCACAAACUGGAAUAUGUUCCGGGAUUCUUCCGAUAGCAUUGAGGAGUACACCACAUCAGUCACUGGCAUCAUCAAUAAGUGCAUUGAUGAUGUCGUCCCCACAGUGACCGUACGUUCAUACCCCAACCAGAAGCCAUGGAUUACAGGCAACAUCCGCACUGAGUUAAAGAGUAGCACUGCCGCCUUCAAGGAGCGGGACUCUAACCUGGACGCUUAUAAGAAAUCCUGCUAUGCCCUCCGACGAGCCAUCAAACAGGCAAAGAGUCAAUACAGGACUAAGAUUUAAUCGUACUACACUGGCUCUGAUGCUCGUCGGAUGUGGCAGGGCUUGAAAACUAUUACAGACUACAAAGGGAAGCACAGCCGCGAGCUGCCCAGUGAAACAAGCCUACCAGACGAGCUAAAUCACUUCUAUGCUCGCUUCGAGGCAAGCAACACUGAAGCAUGCAUGAGAGCAUCAGCUGUUCCGGAUGACUAUGUGAUCAAGCUCUCUGUAGCCGAUGUGAGUAAGACUUUUAAGCAGGUCAACAUUCACAAGGCCUCAGGGCCAGACGGAUUACCAGGACGUGUACUCCGAGCAUGUGCUGACCAACUGGCAAGUGUCUUCACUGACAUUUUCAACGACGGGGCUGUAGUGGAACAAGUUGAGAGCUUCAAGUUCCUUGGUGUCCACAUACCAAAAAACUAUCAUGGUCCAAACACACCAAGACAGUCGUGAGAGGGCACGACAAAGCCUAUUCCCUCUCAGGAGACUGAAAAGAUUUGGCAUGGUUCCUCAGAUCCUCAAAAUGUUCUACAGCUGCACCAUCGAGAGCAACUGCUCGGCCUCCAACCGCAAGGCACUACAGAGGGUAGUGCGUACAGCCCAGUACAUCACUGGGGCCAAGCUUCCUGCCAUCCAGGACCUCUAUACCAGGCGGUGUCAGAGGAAGGCCCUAAAAAUGAUCAAAGUCUCCAGCCACCCUAGUCAUAGACUGUUCUCUCUGCUACUGCACGGCAAGCGGUACCAGAGCGCCAAGUCUAGGUCCAAAAGGCUUCUUAACAGCUUCUACCCCCAAGCCAUAAGACUCCUGAACAGCUAAUCAUGGCUAUCCAGACUAUUUGCAUUGCCCCCCCCCCCCAACCCCCUCUUUUACGUUGCUGCUACUCUGUUUGUUAUUUAUGCAUAGUCACUUUUACUCUACCCACAUGUACAUAUUACCUCAAUUACCUCGACUAACCGGUGCCCCCGCACAUUGACUCUAUACCGGUCAGUGGCGGCUCCUGAAAAAAUUCUCAGGGGGGGCAAUUUUUCUGAUGAUUUAGGUGACCUACACACAUUUUAAAAAAGAUAUGUCCAGCAACAACAUGAAGACAGGGGCAGCAUAUAAGUCAAUACCAGAAGCAUUUAUUGACUGAUCUCAAAAGUGUUGGCUUACCAGGGUUGGUGGAGCCCUCAGUUUCAUCUUUGCCUCGCAAAGCUAACUCAAACACUCCGCAAAACUUCACACACUGGAUUAGCCGGCUGAGGAUGUGGCGGUUCUUGCUAAUGUCGUAGUAAAUAUAUUUGUUAUAGUGAAUAUGAUAUGUUGAGUAAAAUGUUGUGCUAAGAUCUAUUUAGGUCAGGAGCUGGUUAUAAGUUCUGUUCCUAUCCAAUAACAAUGGACAAAAGGGUCCUAUCUUGUCAGCCUUGUCAGUUUCAGUUCUCCAGUAAACUUGUGAUUAUCAACACUAACGUCAUCGUUGUGGCGGCGGACAGCUAGCCUGUAUCCCUCAUCCAGUUGAGUGGGAAUGUUCACUCUCCCCAAAGCAGACAAUCUCAAACAGCUAUCCAUGUGGGUCUUUGACAGCUCAUGUUUCUUAAUCUUUCCUGAAAGAUGGUGCAUGUCCGUUACACACCAGUCGCUGUCCAAGCGGAGCUGUCUGCCGUGCCGCCUUCAGGGUGAAAGAGUAAGCAGGGGGUAGCAGAAGACUGCAUUAGCUACAUCGCAGCCUGCUAGCCAGGUUUUUCGUUCGUACCAAUUUUUGGAAAAUCCUCGGGUGUAGGACUUCCCCUCUUUAGUAGAAACCUGUUGAAUUAUUAAAUUUGGUCUGGGAGGUCCUAAUUGUUUCGUUGCCAAUUUAUCUUCAUUUGUUCGCCGACAAAAAGGAACUUCUUUCAAAGACACAAUCGAGUUGCACUGAAGCCUAGCCAUUUUUACAGUAGUAGUGAAUUGAUUGAUGAGGCUACCCGCUCUUUUCUUAGUUACGUUCAUGGUUACGUUACGUAUGACGAAAGCGCGUAAGUGCAAGCCCUCAGAAACCCAUAGAGAUUGUAUUGAAAGCUCUGAUAUUUGAAAAAAAUAGAUUUUACAUGGGAGUCUAUGACAGACUUCUGGGCGAUUUUCAACCUGACUGAAAUCGCCCCAAAAGGGGGGGGGGGGGGGGCAUUUGAAGCACGACUUUAGCCUGAUUGGACAUUUAGUGGCACUGUGGCAGAUCAGACGUCUAGAUUACAACACUGAUAACUACUGUUGCCGUGAUAUAAUUGAUUAGAAAAAAAAUCCCUUCCUUUUCCCGUUUGGCAGUGCGUCGCCCAUAUCGCCCUAUUGAACACACCGCCCCUGAUACCGGUACCCCCUGUAUAUAACCUCCCUAAUUUUUCUUAAACUGCAUUGUUGGUUAUGGGCUUGUAAGUAAGCAUUUCACUGUAAUGUCUACACCUGUUGUAUUCGGCACAUGUGGCAAAUAAAAUAUGAUUUGAUUUGAUAUGCUCAAGAGAAAAAGACGUUCUGAUCAUAUAACAUUUCAAAAUGCAAUUGCGGGAAAGCCACAUCUUUGGAAGCUUCGUCCCCUUGUCCUUGUGGAAGAGAGGAGGGCCUCAGCUUUCUGUAGGUAUUUGAAGCAGCCAUUUUUAUUUAUAUUAUUAUUUCUUAAUUCUCAAUAUUCAUCUCAAUAACACAAUUUUUACAACCAAGAUAUUUGAUAUGGCUUUGAGAUAUGGAGCGGCGUUUGAGCGGAAUGCACACCGGCCGUUGCGAGGGCAUAGGCCUAUACAGUGAGGGAAAAAAGUAUUUGAUCCCCUGCUGAUUUUGUACGUUUGCCCACUGACAAAGAAAUGAUCAGUCUAUAAUUUUAAUGGUAGAUUUAUUUGAACAGUGAGAGACAGAAUAACAACAACAAAAAUCCAGAAAAACGCAUGUCAAAAAUGUUAUACAUUUAUUUGCAUUUUAAUGAGGGAAAUAAGUAUUUGACCCCUUCUCAAUCAGAAAGAUUUCUGGCUCCCAGGUGUCUUUUAUACAGGUAACGAGGUGAGAUUAGGAGCACACUCUUAAAGGGAGUGCUCCUAAUCUCAGUUUGUUACCUGUAUAAAAGACACCUGUCCACAGAAGCAAUCAAUCAAUCAGAUUCCAAACUCUCCACCAUGGUCAAGACCAAAGAGCUCUCCAAGUAUGUCAGGGACAAGAUUGUAGACCUACACAAGGCUGGAAUGGGCUACAAGACCAUCGCCAAGCAGCUUGGUGAGAAGGUGACAACAGUUGGUGCGAAGAAACACAAAAUAACUGUCAAUCUCCCUCGGCCUGGGGCUCCAUGCAAGAUCUAACCUCGUGGAGUUCCAAUGGUCAUGAGAACGGUGAGGAAUCAGCCCAGAACUACACGGGAGGAUCUUGUCAAUGAUCUCAAGGCAGCUGGGACCAUAGUCACCAAGAAAACAAUUGGUAACACACUACGCCGUGAAGGACUGAAAUCCUGCAGCGCCCGCAAGGUCCCCCUGCUCAAGAAAGCACAUAUAUAGGGCCGUCUGAAGUUUGCCAAUGAACAUCUGAAUGAUUCUGAGGAGAACUGGGUGAAAGUGUUGUGGUUAGAUGAGACCAGAAUCGAGCUCUUUGGCAUCAACUCAACUCGCCGUGUUUGGAGGAGGAGGAAUGCUGCCUAUGACUCCAAGAACACCAUCCCCACCGUCAAACAUGGAGGUGGAAACAUUAUGCUUUGGGGGUGUUUUUCUGCUAAGGGGACAGGACAACUUAACCGCAUCAAAGAGACGAUGGACGGGGCCAUGUACCGUCAAAUCUUGGGUGAGAACCUCCUUCCCUCAGCCAGGGCAUUGAAAAUGGGUCGUGGAUGGGUAUUCCAGCAUGACAAUGACCCAAAACAAACGGCCAAGGCAACAAAGGAGUGGCUCAAGAAGAAGCACAUUAAGGUCCUGGAGUGGCCUAGCCAGUCUCCAGACCUUAAUCCCAUAGAAAAUCUGUGGAGGGAGCGGAAGGUUCGAGUUGCCAAAUGUCAGCCUGGAAACCUUAAUGACUUGGAGAAGAUCUGCAAAGAGGAGUGGAACAAAAUCCCUCCUGAGAUGUGUGCAAACCUGGUGGCCAACUACAAGAAACGUCUGACCUCUGUGAUUGCCAAAAAGUGUUUUGCCACCAAGUACUAAGUAAUGUUUUGCAGAGGGGUCAAAUAUUUAUUUCCCUCAUUAAAAUGCAAAUCAAUUUAUAACAUUUUUGACAUGCGUUUUUCUGGAUUUGUUGUUGUUAUUCUGUCUCUCACUGUUCAAAUAAACCUACCAUUAAAAUUAUAGACUGAUCAUGUAUUUGUCAGUGGGCAAACGUACAAAAUCAGCAGGGGAUCAAAUACUUUUUUCCCUCACUGUAGGUCGUAUGGGUUGUAGCCUACAUAAAAUGUACUGUUGAGUGAAUACAUGGCUACUAGCAGUGGGUAUUAUAUUUAGAGUUAACGAUCUAGUUAAUGUGUUUUGAGUUUCGACUUCCUCAGGUGUUGCACCCCAAAUUAAUGAGCCUAUGAUAUUAGUUAGUCCACAUAAAUAUGUACAGUGGGGAGAACAAGUAUUUGAUACACUGCCGAUUUUGCAGGUUUUCCUACUUACAAAGCAUGUAGUGGUCUGUAUUUCUUAUCAUAUGUACACUUCAACUGUGAGAGACGGAAUCUAAAACAAAAAUCCAGAAAAUCACAUUGUAUGAUUUUUAAGUAAUUAAUUAGCAUUUUAUUGCAUGACAUAAGUAUUUGAUACAUCAGAAAAGCAGAACUUAAUAUUUGGUACAGAAACUGUUGUUUGCAAUUACAGAGAUCAUACGUUUCCUGUAGGUCUUGACCAGGUUUGCACACACUGCAGCAGGGAUUUUGGCCCACUCCUCUAUACAGACCUCCAGAUCCUUCAGGUUUCGGGGCUGUCGCUGGGCAAUACGGACUUUCAGCUCCCUCCAAAGAUUUUAUAUUGGGUUCAGGUCUGGAGACUGGCUAGGCCACUCCAGGACCUUGAGAUGCUUCUUACGGAGCCACUCCUUAGUUGCCCUGGCUGUGUGUUUCGGGUCGUUGUCAUGCUGGAAGACCCAGCCACGACCCAUCUUCAAUGCUCUUACUGAGGGAAGGAGGUUGUUGGCCAAGAUCUCGCUAUACAUGGCCCCAUCCAUCCUCCCCUCAAUACGGUGCAGUCGUCCUGUCCCCUUUGCAGAAAAGCAUCCCCAAAGAAUUAUGUUUCCACCUCCAUGCUUCACGGUUGGGAUGGUGUUCUUGGGGUUGUACUCAUCCUUCUUCUUCCUCCAAACACGGCGAGUAGAGUUUAGACCAAAAAGCUCUAUUUUUGUCUCAUCAGACUACAUGACCUUCUCCCAUUCCUCCUCUGGAUCAUCCAGAUGGUCAUUGGCAAACUUCAGACGGGCCUGGACAUGCGCUGGCUUGAGCAGGGGGACCUUGCGUGCGCUGCAGGAUUUUAAUCCAUGACGGCGUAGUGUGUUACUAAUGGUUUUCUUUGAGACUGUGGUCCCAGCUCUCUUCAGGUCAUUGACCAGGUCCUGCUGUGUAGUUCUGGGCUGAUCCCUCACCUUCCUCAUGAUCAUUGAUGCCCCACGAGGUGAGAUAUUGCAUGGAGCCCCAGACCGAGGGUGAUUGACCGUCAUCUUGAACUUCUUCCAUUUUCUAAUAAUUGCGCCAACAGUUGUUGCCUUCUCACCAAGCUGCUUGCCUAUUGUCCUGUAGCCCAUCCCAGCCUUGUGCAGGUCUACAAUUUUAUCCCUGAUGUCCUUACACAGCUCUCUGGUCUUGGCCAUUGUGGAGAGGUUGGAGUCUGUUUGAUUGAGUGUGUGGACAGGUGUCUUUUAUACAGGUAACGAGUUCAAACAGGUACAGUUCAUACAGGUGAUGAGUGGAGAACAGGAGGGCUUCUUAAAGAAAAACUAACAGGUCUGUGAGAGCUGGAAUUCUUACUGGUUGGUAGGUGAUCAAAUACGUAUGUCAUGCAAUACAAUGCAAAUGAAUUACUUAAAAAUCAUACAAUCAAAUCAAAUCAAAUCAAAUCAAAUCAAAUUUUAUUGGUCACAUGCGCCGAAUACAACAGGUGCAGACAUUACAGUGAAAUGCUUACUUACAGCCCUUAACCAACAGUGCAUUUAUUUUAAACAAAAAAAGUAAGAAUAAAACAACAACAAAAAAGUGUUGAGAAAAAAAGAGCAGAAGUAAAAAAUAAAGUGACAGUAGGGAGGCUAUAUAUACAAUAGAAUAAAGUGACAGUAGGGAGGCUAUAUAUACAGGGGGGUACCGUUGCAUAGUCAAUGUGCGGGGGCACCGGCUAGUUGAGGUAAUAUGUACAUGUGGGUAGAGUUAAAGUGACUAUGCGUAAAUACUUAACAGAGUAGCAGCAGCGUAAAAAGGAUGGGGUGGGGGGGCAGUGCAAAUAGUCCGGGUAGCCAUGAUUAGCUGUUCAGGAGUCUUAUGGCUUGGGGGUAGAAGCUGUUGAGAAGUCUUUUGGACCUAGACUUGGCACUCCGGUACCGCUUGCCGUGCGGUAGCAGAGAGAACAGUCUAUGACUAGGGUGACUGGAGUCUUUGACAAUUUUGAGGGCCUUCCUCUGACACCGCCUGGUAUAGAGGUCCUGGAUGGCAGGGAGCUUUGCCCCAGUGAUGUACUGGGCCGUACGCACUACCCUCUGUAGUGCCUUGCGGUCAGAGGCCAAGCAGUUGCCAUACCAGGCGGUGAUGCAACCAGUCAGGAUGCUCUCGAUGGUGCAGCUGUAGAAUUUUUUGAGGAUCUGAGGACCCAUGCCAAAUCUUUUUAGUCUCCUGAGGGGGAAUAGGCUUUGUCGUGCCCUCUUCACGACUGUCUUGGUGUGUUUGGACCAUGAUAGUUCGUUGGUGAUGUGGACACCAAGGAACUUGAAGCUCUCAACCUGUUCCACUACAGCCCCGUCGAUGAGAAUGGGGGCGUGCUCAGUCCUCUUUUUUUUCCUGUAGUCCACAAUCAUCUCCUUUGUCUUGGUCACGUUGAGGGAGAGGUUGUUGUCCUGGCACCACACGGCCAGAUCUCUGACCUCCUCCCUAUAGGCUGUCUCAUCGUUGUCGGUGAUCAGGCCUACCACUGUUGUGUCGUCGGCAAACUUAAUGAUGGUGUUGGAGUCGUGCCUGGCCAUGCAGUCAUGGGUGAACAGAGAGUACAGGAGGGGACUGAGCACGCACCCCUGAGGGGCCCCCGUGUUGAGGAUCAGUGUGGCAGAUGUGUUGUUACCUACCCUUACCACCUGGGGGCGGCCCGUCAGGAAGUCCAGGAUCCAGUUGCAGAGGGAGGUGUUUAGUCCCAGGAUCCUUAGCUUAGUGAUGAGCUUUGAGGGCACUAUGGUGUUGAAUGCUGAGCUGUAGUCAAUGAAUAGCAUUCUCACGUAGGUGUUCCUCUUGUCCAGGUGGGAAAGGGCAGUGUGGAGUGCGAUAGAGAUUGCAUCAUCUGUGGAUCUGUUGGGGCGGUAUGCAAAUUGGAGUGGGUCUAGGGUUUCUGGGAUUAUGCUGUUGAUGUGAGCCAUGACCAGUCUUUCAAAGCACUUCAUGGCUACAGACGUCAGUGCCACGGGUCGGUAGUCAUUUAGGCAGGUUAUCUUAGAGUUCUUGGGCACGGGGACUAUGGUGGUCUGCUUGAAACAUGUUGGUAUUACAGACUCAGUCAGGGACAUGUUGAAAAUGUCAGUGAAGACACUUGCCAGUUGGUCAGCACAUGCUCGGAGUACACGUCCUGGUAAUCCGUCUGGCCCUGCGGCCUUGUGAAUGUUGACCUGCUUAAAAGUCUUACUCACAUCGGCUACGGAGAGCGUGAUCACAUAGUCGUCCGGAACAGCUGGUGCUCUCAUGCAUGCUUCAGUGUUGCUUGCCUCGAAGCGAGCAUAGAAGUGGUUUAGCUCGUCUGGUAGGCUUGUGUCACUGGGCAGCUCGCGGCUGUGCUUCCCUUUGUAGUCUGUAAUAGUUUUCAAGCCCUGCCACAUCCGACGAGCGUCAGAGCCAGUGUAGUAUGAUUCAAUCUUAGACCUGUAUUGACUCUUUGCCUGUUUGAUGGUUCGUCGGAGGUCAUAGCGGGAUUUCUUAUAAGCGUCCGGGUUAGAGUCCCGUUCCUUGAAAGCGGCAGCUCUACCCUUUAGCUCAAUGUGAUUUUCUGGAUUUUUGUUUUAGAUUCCGUCUCUCACAGUUGAAGUGUACCUAUGAUAAAAAUUACAGACCUCUACAUGCAUUGUAAGUAUGAAAACCUGCAAAAAUCUGCAGUGUAUCAAAUACUUGUUCUCCCCACUGUAUGUAAUUCAUCUCUAUGGAACAAAAAACAUCUGAACAUUCUGUAGUCCUAUUUUGACAGUGAAAACUAUAGUCUAAUUGUCAACCCAAAAUUCACGACAAUCGCUGGAUUAGGUAGCACAUCAAAAUAUCUUGAAUCAUCCAUUCCUGCUUGGACGAGUUCGAUGAAACAACUUAUUUCUUGAAUACCUAAGUAGUCUAUUUAUUACACUUCUUAAUAAAGCACUAUGAAUGAUUUUAAUUAGAAUCAAAAGUUAGUGACACCAGGGGAAAAUGUUAACCACGUUCCCAGACACUUCCGCCCAAAUGCGGAAAGAGUCUUGUGGACCAACGCAUCAAACUUGGCCUUCGUUAGCCAACACAGAAAGACCCGGCGCAUAGGCCUUGGCUUGCUUAAUCGGCUUAAUCUACCAACCAAUCAUCGCCCACAACACCUUCCGCCUCUCAGUCAUGUGAUUCACUCAAAUUAAAUGAUGACAAAUCCUUUAGUCAGUAGGUCACUCCCAUAGAAUUCUAUGGUCACUCCCACAAGGCCAACUUUUAGUCAUUGAUAUCCCAGGCUUAUAUGCUCUGUGCGCAAUAGCCUGGGGAUGAGGUUAGGAGUCCUGUAACAUUAAUUAACACUUAGGGUAGGUGUAGAUUCAGGGGAACACAUAUGACAGGCACUAAUUUACAAUAUAGCCUAAUUAGUUAGCUUGGCUUUUAUAACGUAUAAGGCUUAAUAAGCAGACAGACAGAGAACAAGAAGAAGCACAGAGUGACAGCAGAAAAGAUGCUGAGACUGCACAACAGUGAGGCAAACAAAAUGGUGAGUUGGCGGCGUGCGCAAUGAUGUGGGCUGGUGUGGAUACGGAUAAAAUGCCAGGGACUAAUUAUUGUCCCAAUCCGCUCCUGCAGUGGGGGUACCUGUGUUACUGAGUGGUUAUGAUAAAAAUGUAAUGUUUGAUUAAUAGGACAAAUAUAAACACCCACCAAAUUAUUAUUAUUAUAAUCAAAGUAGACUACAAUGAUCAUUGACAUUUUGGUUGGUCAAAUGUUUGUGCACUCUUCAAAGUUCACCAUAUCCAGUCCACUAUGAAUUUCUACCUCACUGUGUUUCAGCCAAGAGCUGCCAACUCCAUGUAGCUCCAUGGGUGGUGGUGGGUCCCAGCCCUACCUCAGAAGGCUUGCAGGGCUUUAGCAGUGUGUGUAUGGGCGUGGUGAAGGAGGAUAGUGACACAGACUCCACCUGUUCAGACGACCCUGCUCUGAGGGUGGUCCCUCAGUCCUCCACCUCUCUGUCUGGGGUCAGCCGAUAUAGAGACUUCAUCCGGGGUCUCCCUGUUCAUCUUGCCAAGAGGAUUUUAGGUGAGACACCAUGCACCCCCCACCCUCUACCCCCCCAAAACAUGUCUAAGCUAUCAUUCAGUGGACUCUGUGUGUCACGAACGUCUGGGUAAGGAGUAGACCAAGGCGCAGCGUUGCAGGCAAACAUACUCAUUUAUUUAGUGAAACGCGAUCAAAACAACAAAAGACGGUAACGUGACAGUAAACGGUCAAACACAACCAACACGAAACAAGAACCCACAAAACACAAAGGAAAACCGACAGUUUAAAUAUGGCUCCCAAUCAGAGACAACCAGCAAACAGCUGACACUCGUUGCCUCUGAUUGGGAGUCACUCAGGCCAACCUAGACAUAGAACAACUAGACACUCAAAACACAGCACAUAAACACACGGAAUCUACACACCCUGACUCAACAUAUAAAGUCCCCAGAGCCAGAGUGUGACAGUACCCCCCCCCCCCAAAGGCGCGGACUGCGACCGCGCCUCAACAAAAACCCCAAACAGGGGAGGGCUGGGUGGGCAUUCCUCCUCGGAGGCGGCUCCGGCUCCGGGCUUGACCACCACCCCUCCAUAAUCCUCCCGUAGCGCCCCUGGUCCGGUCUGACCCCGCUGACUGGAUCAGGACUGGACAUCGACGGAGCGGAUUGCUUAAGCUCCGUUGUGGAGCAGCUGACCAGUACCUGAUCAGGCACCGGACUGACGACGCGCACCCCUGGCUUGGCGCGUGAGGCAGGAACGGACCGGACCUGGCUGACGAUGCGCACCCCAGGCUUGAUGCGUGGAGCCGGAACGGGCCUCACCGGACUGACGACGCACACCACUGGCCUGGUGUGGAGCGCAGGAGCGGGCCGGACAGGGCUGACGAAACGCACCACAGACUUGGUGCGGGGAGCAGGAAUGGGCCGGACUGGGCUGGCGACGCGCACCACAGACUUGGUGCGGAGAGCAGGAACAGGCCGGACAGGGCUGACGAAACGCACCACAGACCUGGUGCGGGAAGCAGGAAUGGGCCGGACUGGGCUGGCGACGCGCACCACAGACUUGGUGCGGAGAGCAGGAACGGGCCGGACAGGGCUGACGAAACGCACCACAGACUUUGUGCGGGGAGCAGGAACAGGCCGGACAGGGCUGACGAAGCGCACCAUAGGCUCGGUGCGGGGAGCAGGAACAGGCCGGGCCGGGCUGACGACACGCACCACAGGCUCGAUGCGAGGAACAGGAACAGGCCGGACCGUACUGGGGACACACACCACUGGCUCUACGCAGGGAUCAGGAAUGGGCCGGACCGGACUGGUAACACACCCCAGUACCUCUCGCCGUGCCUCCACAUUUUCCCUCUCCUCUGUGACCAGUGGCCCCCUUAACCUGGCGGCCUCCUCUGCACACCCGCUGGACCGCUCCAUCGCGGCCUCUUGCUGCCCCGUCGUCCACGUCGUGAGCCCCCCCCUAAAAAUGUUCUGGGGUUCUCUCCUCCCCGUGGGCCAGGCCUCUAUAUUUCUCGCCCAACUCUCACUCCUCUGCUUCCAACUCCCGCUAUUCAGCUCCUCAAUGGGCUUGACCCAGUCGAGGCUCUUCCUCCAUUGUUCCCACGUCCACUCUCUCUGCUCCUCCCUCGGCUUGACCCAGUCGAGGCUGCCACGGAGAUCUGCUAGGGAUCUCCCUGGCGAUGGCUCCUCGACUCGCUGCUUGGUCCAGUUUUGGUGGGUUCUUCUGUCACGAACGUCUGGGUAAGGAGUAGACCAAGGCGCAGCGUUGCAGGCAAACAUACUCAUUUAUUUAGUGAAACGCGAUCAAAACAACAAAAGACGGUAACGUGACAGUAAACGGUCAAACACAACCAACACGAAACAAGAACCCACAAAACACAAAGGAAAACCGACAGUUUAAAUAUGGCUCCCAAUCAGAGACAACCAGCAAACAGCUGACACUCGUUGCCUCUGAUUGGGAGUCACUCAGGCCAACCUAGACAUAGAACAACUAGACACUCAAAACACAGCACAUAAACACACGGAAUCUACACACCCUGACUCAACAUAUAAAGUCCCCAGAGCCAGAGUGUGACACUGUGGUGUUACAUGAGAAUAUACUCAGUGGUGUAGUAGAGGGUAAAUGCAACUAAACACAGUUUUGCUGAAAAAUGCAUUGAAAGUAUAGGGAGCAUUACCUUUUUCACCGUGACCAGCGAUCAGUUAAUGCACCUAUUUAUUUUUUUACUACUACAUCACUGCAUAUCCCCCUCUCCAGUAUUCUACAUGAAGAAUACUGGUCUCAGCAGCUAUUAUUGCUCCAUACCUUCCCUAGUUGGUAGUUUAUAUGGUCGAUCAUAUUGCAGAUUCAGUGUGUGCAGAAGUGAACCUGUACGUGUGCACUUCGCCGACCCCUUAUGCCACCUGAUAUGCACAGUGUUCAUCUGGCUCUAUUCAGGGACAGCGGUAUACUCUACACUGUCCCCUUUUGUCUAGAUUGAAGUACCUGUUGACAUUUCCUUGAAUCAGCCCCAUAGAGAAACAUAUCAUGGCUAAAUAGCUAUGCCAUGGUGAUGACUUUGUUAUGCAAGGCUACCCUUUUAAAGCUCUAUGCCUCUCCCGCUUUAUACCUUGAGCUGGUCUCCCUAGAUAUUUACGAGAUGGAAGAACAACAAACCUUUGCUUAGCAACCGGUACAACAAUUCCCUUGGAGGUGUUGUUAACAUGUCGUUAUAUAGCCUUCAUUUACAUUUGAAAGAGAUGUGUUUGCAUAUAUCAAAAAAAUAUCACAGGAAUAGUUUUAAAAUACCGUAAUAGUUUUAUAUUUUUCAAACAAAAGACACUUACCUUUUCAACAACUGUUCAAUAUUUGAACCACUAUCGCUGAAUUAUUUUCUCAUUCCAUGCUUUUAAACACAAAACACCUUGUGACAUCACUUAGGUUUCCUUGGUGUAGACGGAAUAGAAUUUCAAUCCGAAUUCUCUCAUUCUGUUAUGAAUAUUCUCAAGUAGUCCUCCUUCAAUGGACCUCAUAUCCAUUAGAUGUACAGUAUGGACUGCUGUAACGUUUGAGGGAUGGCUGCUUGUCAUCAUACCCUCAAGGAUUUAAGUGCAGAAGCUGUUUGUUUCAGGUCUUCUAGACAAGGCCUCUCUGCACCACUGCAGGGAUGUCUCCCAACACUGGCGAUACCUGACGGAAGACACUCAGGAGGACCUUAAUGCCAAGAAGAUGGUGGAGAAACAAGCUAUGUUGAUGCAGGUACUGUAUGGUAACUAUUAAAAUACAACACUCUAGAUCCACCAUUGGCACAUAGAUUUGAAAAAUUCAGGGCAAUAAAGAUAUUGAUUGUUGAAGAAAAAGAAGUAGCAGGAGCUGCUCUUGAAGGUGAAUAGUACUAAAAAAGCAAAUGGAAAAAUAAUAACUACAAAUAAGUGCUAAGUGUGUCUUGCCCUAAAGGCAGAACUGAGCGGUUUCCGCUAGAUGGGACAGCUGCAAAGUCAAAAUUGGCUAUAUCGUUUUUUUUGUAGCUUUUUGGUCUUCAUUUAAGGUAAGGGUUAGUUAGUAAGGUUAGCAGUGUGGUUAAGCUUAGGGUUAGGUUUCCAAUCAGAUUUUAUGACUUUAUGGCUGUGCCAGCUAGUGACCACUCUGCAGUCAUCUCAAUAAAUGCCAACCUUCGUCCAACAUGGCACUCUAUUCCCUACAUAGUGCCACAUUUUUUUACCACCAGAUUUAGAUUUAAUGUGUGCAUCUGUAUGAUCCCUAGAGUAUCUUGAGCCACUUUUAAAAUCAAUCAAACACUCAAUAUCUUUGCUAAGUGACAUAAAAAAAGUCCAGGCCCACACAUUAAAGAGUGACUGAACACGCCGAUUGGCACGUGUGUUUUUCUGUUUCUCAUUAGGAAAAAUAGAUUUCAGUCUUGGAGGUGUGUUUCCUGACGAAUUCUGCGUUUGGUUAAUGAUGUUUGUCCCCCAUCCCACACUGUAGAUGCCAUGCAGAAGCCUAUUUCACAAUCCCCAGAAUGAAUCUAAGAUAAGUCAAGAAAUCUGCAAUGAAUUUUGACGUUUUUGCCGAGGAUAUUUUAGUUGCGUAAUUUUAAAUCUAACUAAGGUAUUUGGUGCAGUAUUUCACUUUUAAAAAAUAUAUAUAUGCGCAACGUAUUGUUUUAUGUAAACAAAGUAGGAGCUGCUGGGCAGGUCUGUCUCACUGUCUAUGAUAUUGGAUAGAGAGCAAUCACUGCAGCUGUUCACCCCAUUUUAGUGAGUAAAUGAACAUCAUCAAAUCAAAACCCAACCUUCUUUUACCCGUUGUGACACGCGGAUGUUCCAAACGCCGUUUUAGACGAGACUGACUUUAUGACCAAAAUUAUACUAUUUACACUUUGUAGUAGAUUUUGACACUAGAAUAACUGUUUCUGACUCAGACCGAUGCCACAUAGGCCAUUUUCAAAGGGAUUCAUUGCUUUUUAAAGGCAGUCGCUCUUUAAAGGCUUUUUAACUUGCAAACCCACACAAGUGCUUGGAUUUUGAUUUUUUUAUGGCACUUAGCAAAUAUAUUGAUUGAUUGAUUUUAAAAGUAGCUCAAGAUAAUCUAGGGGAUCACACAGAUGACAGGUUGUCCAUUAUCAUCAUGGCAUGCUAUUUGACUGAAGUACAUGUUAAUAUAAACCCAUGUGACUUUUUUCUCUUCUCAGAGCAACACUACAGGUGUCAGCUCUACAUAUGCCAAAGUCCGCGAGGUCCUAGUGCCCAUCAGGGAGGAUGAGAAGCACAUGCACCACGGAGAAAUCUUAUCCAAAAUCAGACAGGUAAACAAAUCACUAUCUACUGUAUCUACCUUAAUAUCAUAUAAAUCAAUGUCACCACUUAUCCCAGAUUACAACACUGAUCCAGGGGAUGCUGCUUUCAUCGUAUGUGUGUUUGUGUGUGUGUGUCUCUUGGGGCUUGUGAAAAGCGGAAGAAGAUUUUCCAUAUCUUAUGAAAUGGUCAGUAAACAAUCUAUUCUAUAUUCUGCUGACUAGGAUAUGAUCCCCUGAUGUUUGUACUGGCUAUCUGUGGUUGUCUGUCCUACAGGAGAGGGGCUUUGAGGCCAUCUAUGCUGGCGUUAGAACCCGAGCCAUACAGAUGGAAGAGCGGAAUGUCUACUGUGGAGUGUACAACGUUCUGGUGCUGCUUGACAGGUCAGUAACGGUAACCACAGUGUCUUUGUAACAUUGUAGCACCUGCUGCUAACAAAUAAUACAGUAACAAGGCCUAUAGUUCAAAGUCUGGGUGUGUCCCCCAAAUGACACCCUAUUCCCUAUAUAGUGCACUACUUUUGACCAGAGCCCUAUAAAGAAGUAGUGCAUUUGGGCCAUUUGAGAUGUAACUGAUGUAUCUUUGUUGUGGUCAACAGGGAAGACCCCUCCAGGGUGGUGCACUACAGUGGAGGUCAGCUGGUGGCCGUGGGGUCCAAGGACCGCGUGGUGCGUCUGCUGGACGUGCUGACACUGAAGGAGGUGUCCCCGGUGAUCCAGGGCCACGCCGGCUCCAUCAGGGCCCUGCUGCUCUGUGAGGAGAGAGGACUGGUCAUCAGCGCCAGCUACGACCUUAGCAUCAGGUAGGAGGAGGGUAAAGGCAUAGAAAUAUAAUUACUAGAAUGGGUAUCUCUAGUCAAUGAGACCAUAAUGGGUAGUUUGGACCCGUUUUUCUCAAUUCAAUGGGUUUUUGAAUUUGGUUUGAAAACCCAGCAAUGACUGUGAUGAAAAAUUAUGCUGUUUUUAAUGCUAAACUUGCGAUUUACUGUCAGUUGUAGUUGUACCUUGUUAAUUUAGGUGAUCAUACUUAUUGAAUCUUUAUGAAUGACUGGUUUGAUAUAUACAGUACAUUCACUAUAGGUGUUGGAAUCUGAAAACAGGCGUAUGCCUUAUGCUCUUCCGUGGCCACUUGGGUACCAUCAACUGCCUGGACCUGCAUGGGAAUUGUAUAGUCUCAGGGGCCAAUGAUUGCAAAGUCAAAGGUAAGUAAGUGUCACACAUAAACCUCACCAGCCACGUUGUGUGCGUGAGUGUUGCAAUUCUUUUUACACAUACAUGUUAUUUAAUCAUUUCACCCACACCACUCACACGCGUGAACGAGCGUCUGCGUAGCCAGGCACUAAAAUAGAAGUUGGUUGUGAGACGCUCCACGUGCUGCAAGUUCCCUUCUUAUUGGAUAUCAGGAAGAUUCAAACCCACGUGGAUGUUUGAAAGACAAACGAGGACAGAUUAACUAAAGAUAACUAACUAAAAACUAGCUAGGUUUCCCUUUUUAUCUGUGGAUUAAUCUUCGGAGUAGAGAAACACACGAUUUUGUAUGACUCUGGGUCAAAAUUCUGCAAAGAACCAGCUAAAAAGAAGACUAUACGUAUGUCAGGUAAAAUAACAACCCAAUGUUCAUCUCCCAGGACAAACUAGCUAGCAAUAGCUAGCUAGCUAAAUGUCCAUGAAUAUUUUAUGUGUGUUUCGACCCCUAAUUAAUAUACACUGCUCAAAAAAAUAAAGGGAACACUUAAACAACACAAUGUAACUCCAAGUCAAUCACACUUCUGUGAAAUCAAACUGUCCACUUAGGAAGCAACACUGAUUGACAAUACAUUUCACAUGCUGUUGUGCAAAUGGAAUAGACAACAGGUGGAAAUUAUAGGCAAUUAGCAAGACACCCCCAAUAAAGGACUGGUUUUGCAGGUGGUGACCACAGACCACUUCUCAGUUCCUAUGCCUCCUGGCUGAUGUUUUGGUCACUAUUGAAUGCUGGCGGUGCUUUCACUCUAGUGGUAGCAUGAGGCGGAGUCUACAACCCACACAAGUGGCUCAGGUAGUGCAGCUCAUCCAGGAUGGCACAUCAAUGCGAGCUGUGGCAAGAAGGUUUGCUGUGUCUGUCAGCGUAGUGUCCAGAGCAUGGAGGCGCUACCAGGAGACAGGCCAGUACAUCAGGAGACGUGGAGGAGGCCGUAGGAGGGCAACAACCCAGCAGCAGGACUGCUACCUCCGCCUUUGUGCAAGGAGGAGCAGGAGGAGCACUGCCAGAGCCCUGCAAAAUGACCUCCAGCAGGCCACAAAUGUGCAUGUGUCUGCUCAAACGGUCAGAAACAGACUCCAUGAGGGUGGUAUGAGGGCCCGACGUCCACAGGUGGGGGUUGUGCUUACAGCCCAACACCGUGCAGGACGUUUGGCAUUUGCCAGAGAACACCAAGAUUGGCAAAUUCGCCACUGGCGCCCUGUGCUCUUCACAGAUGAAAGCAGUUUCACACUGAGCACAUGUGACAGACGUGACAGAGUCUGGAGACGCCGUGGAGAACGUUCUGCUGCCUGCAACAUCCUCCAGCAUGACCGGUUUGGCGGUGGGUCAGUCAUGGUGUGGGGUGGCAUUUGUUGGGGGGCCGCACAGCCCUCCAUGUGCUCGCCAGAGGUAGCCUGACUGCCAUUAGGUACCGAGAUGAGAUCCUCAGACCCCUUGUGAGACCAUAUGCUGGUGCGGUUGGCCCUGGGUUCCUCCUAAUGCAAGACAAUGCUAGACCUCAUGUGGCUGGAGUGUGUCAGCAGUUCCUGCAAGAGGAAGGCAUUGAUGCUAUGGACUGGCCCGCCCGUUCCCCAGACCUGAAUCCAAUUGAGCACAUCUGGGACAUCAUGUCUCGCUCCAUCCACCAAUGCCACGUUGCACCACAGACUGUCCAGGAGUUGGCGGAUGCUUUAGUCCAGGUCUGGGAGGAGAUCCCUCAGGAGACCAUCCGCCACCUCAUCAGGAGCAUGCCCAGGCGUUGUAGGGAGGUCAUACAGGCACGUGAAGGCCACACACACUACUGAGCCUCAUUUUGACUUGUUUUAUGGACAUUACAUCAAAGUUGGAUCAGCCUGUAGUGUGGUUUUCCACUUUAAUUUUGAGGGUGACUCCAAAUCCAGACCUCCAUGGGUUGAUAAAUUUGAUUUCCAUUGAUCAUUUUUGUGUGAUUUUGUUGUCAGCACAUUCAACUAUGUAAAGAAAAAAGUAUUUAAUAAGAUUAUUUAAUUCAUUCAGAUCUAGGAUGUGUUAUUUUAGUGUUCCCUUGAUUUUUUUGAGCAGUGUAGUUGGUUCACAGUUGGUUUUGAUAUUUUAACCUGCGUGUCAUGAUCGUGUCUGGUGUGGAUGGACAAAAUCAACAUGCGUGCGAUGGCGCACACGGACGCACGCUCGUGGCCGGUGUAGUCAGCAUGUCAGGCUGUCAGGCAGUUUGCUUGAAUAUUUAGCAACCUUGUUUUGUGUGUUAGUAACUUUGUGUGCUUUCACCUCCACGGCAGUGUGGAACCUGCAGACAGGGCAUUGCUAUGAGAAGAUGAAGUUUAAGCACCACAACCCCAUUCUGUGUGUGAAGAUAGACAAGGCUCUAGUGAUGAGCAGCUGUGACAAAGGGCUGGUCAAAAUGUGGGGUAUGGAGACCGCCUCACUCCUCAAGGUAAGAUGGUCUGUACUCUGUCAUGUCAAUGUCUUCAUUGACCUUUUACACAAAAGGCAUCCAUAUCUAUAUUUUCAGGAGUCUGGUCUAGUGGUCAGAAGCAAAGAUGUACAGUAAACUCAAACAAGGGCACAUGGAACUGGGUUUCCCAUUUCAGUAGGUUUCGAUUUGAAUGUUUUUUGAGUGAAAGUGACACUGUCCUCCCUCACCAAAGUCCCUGUCUUGUCUUCCAGGUAAUCGAUGCCCACCACAGCUCUGUAAAGUGUCUGUUCUUCGACCAGUGGCACAUCCUGUCAGGUGGUUCUGAUGGACAGGUCAUGGCCUGGAGCACCAACUGUGACAUAAAGAAGAGCCUGAUGACCUAUCGCCAUCCAAAGUGAGCAUAAACAUUGUAAAUAAAAUAUUUAAAAAACUUUUGUUUUUGGUACUGUUUUUGACUGGUUUAUCUUGAGGUUCCUUGAAUACUGUGUGUGUGUGUGUGUGUGUGUGUGUGUGUGUGUGUGUUUGUCGUCCUCUAGGGAGGUCUUGGCGCUGAUCUACCUCUUCCUGCGUGUCAUCACCGGGUGUGGGGACGGGAAAAUCUGUAUCUUCAACUUCCUGACGGGAGACUGCCUGAGGGUCAUCAAGGCUGGGGGUCAACACAGCGCUAUCCAGUCCCUGCACACACACAACAACAAGUUAGUACUGUACUGUCCCUGCACACACACAGUAACAAGUUAGUGAUAAUUAAUUUAACUUAAAUCAACAAGUGAGUAAUCAUUAAUUUCAUUUUUACUUUGACAACCAUGAUUUUACCCAGAAGCGUAUGUCUUUAAGACAUCUCCCUGUCUUCUCUGCCCCUCCUGGUUCCCUUUCAGUCAGUCAACUUCGGUACAACAUACUAUGGGGAGUCGCACUCUCGCGACUUCGGUUGAAGGAUGUAAAAUCACACCUGACAAGGCCAGUGAAAUCCGCACCUUGCGAGAAGCCCCGCCUUCCACAGGUGAUUAGUGUGAGGCUCGGAUUCAUUCCUUAAAUUAUUACGCUCUUCACCUCACUACUAUUUUUAUUUUUAAUUAUUAUUUUUAACAGACUAAAAAACAAACAAUUGUAACACAAGACUGUCUUACGUUGUGCCGACUAAACUGUCCCUUUGUGGUAGAGCAUGCUCACUCCCUGGAUGUUGUAUGCUGGAGUUUGUAUGGUUCUCAUAGUUUCCUAAUCACAAACAGUUAGUUAUUCUUCGGAUUGCUUGGCCUGGCUAUACCAAUUAGUAAGAUGGCAAAAAAUGCAACCUAGACGAAGGCUAAGCCGGGUUCGGGUUCGCGACCAUGCCCAAAUAAAUAAAGAGAUACUCACGUUUGUUGUCUUGUAUGUCUCAAUUCCUAAUUUCAAUUUCAAGUUGGAGGGAGUGUAGAAAGCGGGGCUUGCGUGCUCCUCCAAUGAGGAAGCAGCCACCGAACAGCUGGCUUGGGUAACCCCGGAACGAGGGGCCUUAGCACGGGUCUGAGCGACCAGUGCGCCACUCCGCAAACACAUUACUGUGACGACAGUGCCUCCAUGUUUUGUUAUGGCAAACGGGGUACUACGUCAGCCAUUUCCAGAGCCCUCUGUGCCCAUAAGGGGGCCGGGCUUCAGGCAGGCUAUACAGUCUCAUGUAUUGGAAGCUUGUCCAUGUUUAAUGCCCCUCUGGUACCCCGCAUUCCAUUGUGUUCAUGGUGUUCAGGGGGUAUAUCAAUCUUACCAGGAUGGGAAAAAUAAGUUGGGCAAUUCCCUUUCUGUCCACAAGGGGCACCCUCCCCUAUAGGUGGCUCAUAAUAUAUUAUAUAAUAAUAUACAGUGCAUUCGGAAAGUAUUCAGACCCCUUCCCUUUUUCCACAUUCUGUUACGUUACAGCCUUAUUCUAAAGUGGAUUAAAUUAUUUGUUUUCCUCAUCAAUCGACAGACAAUACCCCAUAAUGACAAAGCAAAAACAGGUUUUUAGAAAUGUUUGCAAAUUUAUAAAAAAUAAAAUACAGAAAUACCUUAUUUACAUAAGUAUUCAGACCCUUUGCUAUGAGACUCGAAAUUGAGCUCAGGGGGGCCUCCCGAGUGGCGCAGUGGUCUAAGGCACUGCAUCGCAGUGCUAGCUGUGCCACUUGAGAUCCUGAUUCGAUUCCUGGCUCUGUUGCAGUCGGCCGCGACCAGUAGAUCCAUGGGGCGGCGCACAAUUGGCCCAGCGCCGUCCAGGGUAGGGGAGGGUUUGGCCGGCAGGGAUGUUCUUGUCCCAUCGCGCACUAGCGACUCCUGUGGCUGGCUGGGCGCAGUGCACAUGUACGGUGUUUCCUCCAGCACAUUGGUGCGGCUGGCUUCCGGGUUAAGCGGGCACUGUGUCAAGAAGCAGUGCGGCUAGGUUGGGUUGUGUUUCGGAGGACGCACGACUCUCGACCUUCGCCUCUCCCGUGUCCGUACGGGAGUUGCAGCGAUGGGACAAGACUCUCACUAACAAUUGGAUACCACGAAAUUGGGGAGAAAAGGGAAAGAUAAGAAAUUGAGCUCAGGUGCAUCCUGUUUCCAUUGAUCAUCCUUUAUAUGUUUCUACAACUUGAUUGGAGUCAACCUGUGGUAAAUUCAAUUGAUUGGACAUGAUUUGGAAAGGCACACACCUGUCUAUAUAAGGUCCCACAGGUGACAGUGCAUGUCGAAGCAAAAACCAAGCCAGGAGGUCGAAGGAAUUGUCCAUAGAGCUCCGAGACAGGAUUGUGUCGAGGCACAGAUCUGGGGAAGGGUACCAAAAAAUUUCUGCAGCAUUGAAGGUCCCCAAGAACACAGUGGCCUCCAUCAUUCUUAAUGGAAGAAGUUGAUGAGAAAUCAAGGGAGAAGGGCCUUGGAGAUGGGAGAACCUUCCAGAAGGACAACCAUCUCUGCAGCACUCCAACAAUCAGGCCUUUAUGGUAGAGUUGCCAGACGGAAGCGACUCCUCAGUAAAAGGCACAUGACAGCCCGCUUGGAGUUUGCCAAAAGGCACCUAAAGGACUCUCAGACCAUGAGAAACAAGAUUCUCUGGUCUGAUGAAACCAAGAUUGAACUCUUUGGCCUGAAUGCCAAACAUCACGUCUGGAGGAAACCUGGCACCAUCCCUAAGAUGAAGCAUGGUUGUGGCAGCAUCAUGCUGUGGCUAUGUGUUUCAGCGGCAGGGACUGGGAGACUAGUCAGGUUUGAGGGAAAGAUGAACGGAGCAAAGUACAGAGAGAUCCUUGAUGAAAACCUGCUCCAGAACAUUCAGGAUCUCAGACUGGGGCGAAGGUUCUCCUUCCAACAGGACAAUGACCCUAAGCACACAGCCAAGACAACGCAGGAGUGGCUUCGGGACAAGUCUCUGAACGUCCUUGAGUGGCCCAGCCAGAGCUCGGACUUGAACCCGAUCAAAAAUCUCUUGAGAGACCUGAAAAUAGCUGUGCAACGACGCUCCCCAUCCAACCUGACAGAACUUGAGAGCAUCUACAGAGAAGAAUGGGAGAAACUCCCCAAAUACAGGUGUGCUAAGCUUGUAGCGUCAUACCCAAGAAGACUCAAGGCUGUAAUCGCUGCUAAAGGUGCUUCAGCAAAGUACUGAGUAAACAGGUCUGAAUACUUAUGUAAAUGUGAUAUUUCAGUUAAUUUUUUAAAAUACAUUUGCUCAAAAUUCUAAAGCCUGUUUUUGCUUUGUCAUUAUGGUGUAUUGUGUGUAGAUUGAUGAGUAAAAAAACAAAUCAAUUUUAGAAUAAGGCUGUAAAGUAACAAAAUGUGGAAAAAGUAAAGUGGUCUGAAUACUUUCCGAAUGCACCAUAUGCCAUUUAGCAGACGCUUUUAUCCAAAGCGACUUACCGUCAUGCGUGCAUACAUUUUACAUAUGGGUGGCCCCGGGAACAUUGCUGAUUCCUGCCUGUAGCUCAUUAGUCCCUAUGAGGUGUCUAGUGAUACAGGUUAUGGGCCCUGUAGGCGAUUGGUGGCACUGCAUAUCAAUUACCUGGAGGUCCUAACAGUGUAUCUGGUGCUCACGCGCUUCUCCUUGCUUUUGUCGGGCCAGCUUGUGCUGGUCAGAACCGACAAUAUGUCAGUGGGUGGCAUGCAUCAACAGUCCGGGAGAGACUCUGUCUCUCUCCCUCCUAACUUUUGCUCACUCCCUGUUGCUGGGGAGCAGUGCAUACAUGCUCUCCCAUUGGGCGAUGCAUGUCCUUGGUUGCCUCUAAUUCGGGUGCAGAUCUUUUGUCCAGGUGUCACCCUUUCUCUCAGGAGUGGAGAAUACACCCAUGGGUGGUUUUCGGCAGGGCCGAUGUAGAUCUUUAUGAAUCGCGAGAAAACGCGCAUUGUCGUCUGUUUUUCUCGAUGAGGGACCCGAGCGUUGGGGAGGGUGCGCCUGGAGGGCUUGUAGUUGAAUUUUGUGACUACUCGUAGUAACCAUGGUUCGCGGAGAUCGGCCGCCUAUUGGGCAGGGUCCCGUGGUAACUCCCGCUGCGCAGGGAUCAGCUAUUCCAGGCGCACGGGCAGGUUUAGCACCCUCGGCCAGACAUUUGGGGUCUGUGGACUUGGCCCCUGAGAUGUCCAAUCUCGCGGCUAGAGGUUUACCUCCGAACAUGAUUACUACUAUUCGUCCUCAAGGGUACCUUUUUUUCAUGGGAGGGCUGUAUGCGUGCGUGGUAGUUGAACAGAAAGCCAGCGGGUGUGGGCGGGUGCAGUAUGAAAAGAUGCGGGCGGGAGUGGGAGGAAGAAAUCAGUCCUGUACAGACCUCUGCUUUGGUCCCAAAAUAAAGGAAUUGUUCCUUUUCAGAGUGCUCUGGGGAGGAGCUUUUUCGAGCAGGAUCAUUCAUUCUCCACUUUGAAAGUGUACAUGGUGUCUAUUUGAGCAUGUCAUGUGGGAAUUGAAGGGCGCCACAGCAGGGCUUGUGUCCAGGCGUUGCGGUUCCUAAAGGGUGUGCGCCGUCUCAGGCCAGUUUCUAAACCUAUUGCGCCGAUUUGGAUUUGGAUGCUCUAUGUGAGGCCUCCUUUUGAACCACUGGAGUCUGUGGAUCUAAAUAUCCUCUCCUGUAAAACCUUGCCCGUGGUUUUGGCCUCAGCUAAACGUGUUGGGGACCUUCACGUGUUAUCCGUACACCCUUUCUGUACUCAGUUCGCCCUGGGCGACUCUAAGGUGACGUUGCGUCCAAAUGCGGCCUUCGCCCUGACGUCAUGGUUAUGUCCUACAGGUUCCUUAGCUUUUGAGCUAUUUUCCUUUUGCUUCUGAAGAGCAACAGAGGUUACAUGCCCUGUGUCCAGUGCUAGCGUUAUGCACGUACAUUGAACGGACCAGGGAUAUCCGGUUAUAUGACCAGCUUUUUGUCUGUUUUGCUAAUCCAGCUAACGGCAGGGCACUCUUUAAGCAGCUGGAUUGUGGAGGCUAUCUCCCUUGCAUAUAGCAGCAAGGGUUACCUAGCGGUGUACGCGCCCACUCCACCAGGGGCCUGCCAGCGUUUUGGCCAUUAUUUAAAGGGUUGAAUGUAGUAGAUAUUUGUGCUGCGGCAAGUUGGGCAUCACCACACACUUUUGUGAGGUUUUAUCGCUUGGAUGUCACUGCUCCCAGUGUGCUUACAGCUGGGACAGGGGAAAGUUACUAGGCAGUGCGCCAUGUGCGCAAUACCCAGACUGCCACAUCUUGUGGGGGCAGGUCUGAGUGGACUGCCAUGGGCCGUUUCUUUUAGUAUCUGUUGGAGUCGGCAUGGGGCGUGAUUCUAUUUCCCCAUAGUAUGUUGUACCGAAGUUGACUGACUGAAAGGGAACAUUAUGACUAUAACUACUGUUCCCUGAAGGAGGGAAACAAGGUACAACAUCUGUUUGGAACCACACCACCUGUUCCUGGGCUCGGUGAAGAGUGGUAUUAAAUUGAAGGAAUGAAUCCGAGUCUCACGCUUAUCACCUGUGGAAGGUGGGGUUUCCAGCGAGGCGCGGAUUUCAAUGGCCUUGUCAGGCGUGAUUUGAGAUCCUUCAACCGAAGUCGCAAGAGUGCGACUCCCCAUAGUAUGUUGUACGUCUCAUUUCCCUCCUUCAGGGAACAGUAGUUAUAGUCAUAACUUUAUGUUAUUCUUCCUCUCUUUCUUUUCCUCCCUCUGUCUCUCUCUCCCAGUAUGGUGGUGAACACGGGGACCAGUGUUCUGGUCUACCAGUUCACCAGGGUGCGCUGGGACUACUCCGUGCUGGCAGAGAGGGAGUUCUUUAACGAGUUCAGGGGUACUCUUAAAAGCAUGCUCAAUAAAAACAAGUACCCCUACUCCUACGUGCGGGCUGAGCGCAUGACACAGAUAGGCUCGUCCAAUCGUAAGAUCUACGACCAUGAGAGCAAGAAGCCAGAGAGGCCCGGGCUGUCCCACCACGCACGCUCUCUGUCAGCUCCCAACAUGCGCCGAGCACAGGGUGAGUGUUUCUUUGGGUCUGGUGGCCGAUUAGCCUUAAAUCCAACCUGAAUAUCGCUCCAUUAUCGCUCGCUUUUAUUAACCCCUUGUCUUUCCAGACACCUUCCUCUACCCUCAUGAUUUAUCUCCUGUGUCUCUCUUCACUCUCACCUAUGGCCAGACUAAACCCUGAAUAUUGCUCUGAAACAGUGUGUUAUUCCGUUUGCAGACCCCUCUGUAUUCAUUCAUGUACGUAUGGCAUAGCAACCAUAUAAUAGUGGUCUACAGAACAUAGAGCAUGGGAUUAAGCACAAACAGACUGGACCACCAGGCUAGGCUAAUAUCAUCCUGCAGUGACUAUCCUUUAUCAUGGUCUCUGACAUAGAAAUAGAAUUGCUAUGGUCUGAGAGCCUUUUUCCUCGUUCUACUAAUUCUAUUUCUGUGGUCUCUCUGCUCUCCACAGCUGCUCAGCAGGAGUCUAUGAGGCCGGCCACGUGGAGUGCGCUUCAGGGCCACCGUAGGAGCCGGGCCUACAUCGACCUGCAGCCAGAGUUCAUCACCAAGCCCCCCUCGGUCAUCUCUCCUGGAAGACCCGUCAGCGGACACAGCCAAGACUCCCACAGCAGGGCCAGUCACACGCCCAGGAGUCAAACCACUGGCUCAGGUGAGAUAGAAUAGGAUAGAAUAGAAUACAGUUGAACGUAAUAGAAUAGAAUAGUAAUUGAGAGAGACAGAAACGAGACAGACUAUAGUCCUUAUGGCUGUAUAACAAAGUGCAUGUUUACUAUUGUUCCUUGUAAUCAACCGUAUAUGCGGCCUCUCACAGCGAGGGAGCCGUCUGUGACGUCUAAGUGGGUGCUGAGGCGCAGCGAGAAGGCAGUGAAAGACCGAGUGAAGAAGAGGGGCCCCCAUCGGCCCGUCACCCCUGAGCAUGUCCUCCUCAAGGUCAACUCCACCCACCGGCCCCAGGGAAGCGACCAGGCCGAGGCCAACAUGAAACUCAACGCCCGUGUACGAGACGCCUGGGGCUCCCCUCCACCUCUACCUCCACCUGUCCAGGGGAUAGAUCCAGAGCCCCAUGCCUCACCAUUCCCACCUGCAGCCCCAAAACAGAGCCCCCAGAGUCAGUCACAGAAGGCCCCAGCAGGACCCAGCCACCAGGUCUUCCAACAUGGCAUGACCAAGACCUACGUUCCCCUCAUGACCCACGCUCUGGACCUCAACCCGAGGCACUCCCUCAACUGUCGUGAGGUCUGUUCCACCAUUCCUUCCCCAGCCAUGGUGCGGCCUCACACCAGCCACGCAGCUUCCACCCAGCGUCAGCCAUGCCCCGAGCCAGAGAACAAGAGGCCCCAGACCUCCUGUGGUAUAGGGGGUCUGGCGGUGCGUAAGGUGGGGGCAUUCACUACCACCGCCCAGUCGAAUGUCCAGGCCCCGCAGCGCAUGUUCAUGAAGGUGAGGAGCAAGCGGCCGGGACGCCACGUGGACUUUGAGAUGCCCAAUAAGACCAUUAGCCAGUACAACCCUCUAGACCCAUUCAGGUAUGAUAUGCAUAGAAUUACACAUAGAACAAAUAAAUUAUAGGAUCUCUAUGAUGGUAUGCCUUUAUGUUACCAAGAUAAUUUUCCUAUGAGACAUUUUAAAGUAUUCCUUGAUUUGUUCAUGAAUCUAUCCAUCCAUUAAUUAAUUAAUUAAUUUGUUCAUUUAUUCAUUAAUUCACUCAGGGAGCGUGGGGCCUUCAGGCUCCACACAGACACCCAGCUGGAGGAGUACUUCAGGGUCCAGAACCACCAGAUGAACCAGCUGGGGGAGGGAUGCUAUAGGACCAAGGAGGACCAGGACAGACAGAGGAAGAGGGUCUGGAAGAUGAAGGUCAAAGGUGUCCCUGCCUUAGACUUCCCCAAGCAGGACCAGGUGUAUGCCCCCGAGUUGGGACAUGAGAUCUACAUCUGA